GUUUCACUUUCACUAGCACACAAUCUCAGGGAUUGCCAUAGGCGUGUCUACUCAACGAGCUGGGAGCAUUUGUUAAAAGCAAAAACCAUUCUGCUGUUUCCAGCAGCUUUUAGUCACCUAUCGCUCGUCGUUGCUUCUAUAUUCGUAUUUCCAAAUCUCUCGUCUGCUUCCUGCUACUCUUUUGAACCCUCUGACUGAUCUCUGUUGUGUUGAUCAUAUGUAUGUAUUCUCUCUGCUAAUGUUUGGGACACAAUAGUUGCUUUUUGUAUGGUUUCUUUUUAAAACAUCUGCUGCUACUCUUAGAAUCUGGUCACGAAUAUCCGAAGUAUUCUGUUAAAAUAUUUAUUUUUAUUUUUAUCUGGACACUAAUUCUUCUUAGAAAGACUGGUAUCCUUGUGACUUCAGUGUUACCUUCGGACCAUUUUGAUGACAUAUUCCAUACAGUGACAGUUUUUGGAUACCUGAGUUGCUAUGAAAUUACUGCAGUUUUUGAUCUUAGUGCUUCUGGGCUGCAAUUACAAGGUAAGGGUUACAUUUAUUGCUUCGCUUUUAUUUGUUCUAACCUGUUAUUUUACAGUAUGUGAAUUAACUUUACUUGGUGAAUUAAAAGAUAUCACGUUGGUUAGCUUAAUACUUUUCUUAAAGCGGCACUGUCAUGCCGAACUUACCUCUCCUCAAUCUCUUCCUCUUCUCUCCCUCUCUCAGGAUCUGUUAUUCUUGUCUUCCUGUCUUCUUUAGUUUUCUUUAAAAUCAUCAGACAAAUUAGGGACUCUUGGCCUAAUGGAGGUUUCCUCCGCUUGACCAGCUUUGACCAGCGGAGGAGCAAAGUGUGCUUCAUUUCCGCUGGUCAGAGCAAUUUUCCCAUGAUCCUUAGCUUUCCUCCCUGUUCCCACGAUGCUUCCUGUCAGUAUUGCCGAACGUCCUGUCAUUUAGACAGAACGCCGACAAAAAUGCCGAAUAGCAUCCUAACAGAAUGAGAACAGUUUCUCCAUUCAUGUUAGCAUGCAAUUCGGGACUUGUUCGGAUCGCAAAUUAAUUCGAAUGAAACUCCGAUCCUAUUCGUGCUGUGGCUGCAUCUUGCAGCCGCUUAGUAGGUAACUCCCUAAUUCCCACGGUAUCAGGGAGUUAUCUACUAAGAUGCUGAAAUACCUAAAUUGACAUCCAGGUGUCCGCUCAACUCUACUGACAAGAGAAAGUGUGGAACUCUUGUUCCGGGCUGGCAGAUGCCCCGUGAUGAUUCCGGGGGUUAAACUCGCUAUGUGCAGUGUUUCACAACCAACAAAACGUAGCACACACAGAAUCCAGGCACGAUGACCCCUUCAAAUCACUGAAGUGGUCAUGGUGCUUGGUGUAACCCUUUAAAAAUUACAGAUAAGUGACUAACUUUCAUAAAAACAACACCACCAUGUGAGUCACUGUGACACACCCCCACCAAAAAAACUGCUUAAAUAGCCAACAGUCUCUAUUGCAUCACUGCGUCCAUCACUGUUAGCUAAUGCCACUAUUCAAAAAGCAGAAAACCCAGGCUGGGCUUUCUCCAUAACUUUUUUUUAUAUAUAUAUAUAUAUAUAUAUGUAGUGCAUUUGGUUCUUUAAUUAGGUAGUAAAAUAUGUAUGAAUUCAGUCAGCAAUGGCCAAUUAUAUUUUUACCUUGUUAAUGAAGUCAUUUUUUUCUUUUUAGUAAUUUACAUUAUUACUCAUAAUGUGGGAUACUUUUAUUUUCACUUAUUCAUUGCAGAGGGAAAUUAUGUUAGUGUGUUAACAGAUAACAUACUUACAAUAUGCGUGUGUGUGUUUGUCUAUAUUAAGUGUAAAUAGUGCCAUUUAGGGGUACUGGAUACUUUAGAAUGCCGGUUGUAGUGGUAAUGGUGCCAGGGUUGCCCUGGCGGAAUCCCACAGUGAGAUGUCAUUAGGUUUACGUGCCUAGAUACCACCAGGGGCCAUAACCACAUUGUCUACCUCUGGUCUUCUGCAGCGGGCAUAGCCGGGUGUCUCUGUAAAAUAAAACAUGGCCGACGCAGGACCGCAUUCUUUGGCUGAGAGCAUUUUAACUGAUGCUGCAUUGCCCUGCGUUGCUCUAUAGAGCAAUUCUGAUUCUCCUGCUGAAGAAAACUAGAUGCAGGAGCCAGGUAGGUUCUCAAACUAUAUUUAAACCAGGGGUGCACAUAGGGUAGAUCCCCAGAUGCUUUAAAACUCCAGCUUCCAUGAUGCUGUGUCAUUCUUAACAUUCUAAAGGCAUGCAAAGCAUCAUGGGAGUUGUAGUUCUCCAACAUCUGAGGAUCUACCUUUUGGGCACCCCUGAUUUAAACUAAUUGACAUCUUACAGUGGAAUGGAACUGGGCACUGCUGGCACCAUAGUCACUACUGAGUGUUCCUUUAACGGUUAGUGUUAGUACAAAUGUCAUGUAAUAUAAUAUAUGUAAGAGGAGAACUUUACCUUUAAAACAUGUAUGGCCUAGUGCUGACUGAGAUUAGAGGGAGUUACAGUCCUGGGUAUCAGCUGCUGCUUGGGAAUGUAACUCUACUAAUCUAGGGCAGACCAGGACAUCUGUGUGCUAAAAUAGUUGGAUUAUCAAAACAAAUGCAAGUGAGGGAUGAGGUUGGCUUUGGUGACAAAAGCCGGUUUAAUGAUGAAAUGACCUUUUGAUUAAAUCAAAUUAACAAGACUGUGUACAUUAACUGUGCUUGUAAAUGCCGUGCAAGUCCAGCUUUAUUUGCUCAAUCUUUUCUGAUACCCAAUCAGUACACCAAUAAUGAUGUCAAAUUUACAUCAUUUUAUUAUAAUGCAAUUUUUACCAAAUUGUCACCUCAAGCAUCGUUGGUCCUGGCCAGUAAAUAUAGUGUGAUCACUCUAUUAUGUGACCUGUAAAACUAUUUCUGUUACUUUUGUCAAAAUUGCUAGGAAUGUAAAUCUUUGAAUGACUGUAUCUUCUACAUAGUAUAGAAUAGCUUUGUUGAUUUAAACCAGAAUUUAAUGUGUCCUCCUUUCCACUGUAAAAUUACUGGAGGUAUAUAAAUCAGCAGUAUUUACAAAGUGUCCUUUUUUUAGAACCCUUUUUACAACAAUGUUUGACCAUACAUAGUCAUUUAAUAAUAGAGGUAGAAAAAUAGCAAGUCUAGCAAGUUCAACUUUCACACACUUUGUUUCGGUGGUUUACCCAAAUGAAGUCUUAAAAGCAAUUCGAAGAAAUGUCCAAUUGUGCCCCAAAAGGGAUAACGUUACUUUUAUAUCCCCAAAUAUUCUGUCUAAAAAAUAUAUAUAUAUUUUUUAUUUUUCUUUGUACAGUACAGAUAAUGAGCAGGUUAACAGAACUCUGUUUGUACUUGUUCCGGGUAUAUUUUUGCAGCGUUAUUAUAUUCCAUCUAAAAUUAUAAUUUUCUAAAAUGAACAAAUGUAGAUUUUGCAUCCAUUCUUCACAACUAAAAUCUUCCAUGGUUGCCUAUAUAUCACUCCUAAAUCCUCAACCAUUUCAGAUAUAGAUUUUUGGUGGAUUUAUCGUCCCAGUCUGCACAAUGUGUCUUAAUAAAUGUGUUUAGAAAUUAGGCUGUGUAAAUGACACUGAGGAUAUACCCUUAUAUGCAGAACUUGGGUAAGCCACAGAAGAGACAUUAUAGAUAUAUCACUGGACUUUAGAGUAGCCGGGCUUAAUGUGUACAAUUGGGAAAAAGCGUGGUCAGUAGACGAGCCAGGUAAGGAUAACAGAUAUAUGGGUAAUUGGAGGUAGUAACCAGGAUAGCGAUAAAAAUAUACUACAAACCAGGUCAGGGAUACAGAAGUAGCCAAAAUCCAAGACAAACCAGUUAAUACAAAGAAGUGAACUAUGAACUAUAGCAAGAUCCAUGAAAGGGCACAGAACUAGGGGCAAAAUAGGUUUAGUUUUAGUCACCUAAAAUUUCCCAGAACAGCCCUGUCCCUGGUCACACUCCACUCACACCACUAAAAUUAAAGUGUUCCUCUUUGUCCAUUUGGAAUGUUGGGGGGUGUGUGUUGGUAAGGUUCUCGUAUGUCAUUGACAAGUGGAAGUUGUGAGUAAAUCACAAUUUUAUAAUCCAUUUACCUGCAUGAAACCUUGGAAAGUACUCUCUUAGAAAGAAAUAAUGUUGUAGUAAAUCUGCUAGACCCAGGGUAGGACUUUCAGGGGUGCCAUUGGGGACCUUCAUUCCAUCGCAUAUUAUCUAUAUGGGUUUCUGUAGACAUGCGUUUUGUGGAACUGGAGAGUUUGGCUGAGAGAGGGGACUUGAACCAUGGAAAGGCUUGGACUUAAUAUCAGACAUUCCUAAGAGACUGGUUUUUAGAAAUUCGGAUCACAAUACUGCUCUUCACCAUUCACAUACUUAUGUGGCUGUAUCUUACAUUAUUGUAUUAUUGCAUCAUUGCUGUUUUAUCAUGGCGAUUGGUACUGCUUGUGUCAUCUCAAUUUGAAUUAGGGCAAAAAUAGUAGAAAUGUAAAUACUACUAACUGGAUAUAUAUUAUAUUCAACUAGGCUGUUUUCAUUUUCUAUUUGAUAGAAAGGGACACUGUAGGCACCCAGACCACUUCAGCUAAUUGAAGUAGUCUUGGUGCUGUGACCCUUUCGCACUUAGUGCUGCAAUGUUUACAUUGUUUACAUUGCAGCUCUAAGUCUGCCCCAGUGACUGUCUACCAGACAGCCAAUGGGGGCACUUCUGGAAUCCUAACGGACUUUUGGUCCAUUAUCUGAAGCUGGACGUCCUCACGGACUUCCAGCAUUAGAUUUUCCCCAUAGGAAAGCAUUGAAUAAUGCUUUCCUAUGGGGAGGUCUAAAGCACGCGCAGUCAUGGCCGCGCAUGCGCAUUAGGUCUCCCCCGCCGGCUGAUGACUGAGGGGGAGGAGCGUGGAUGGAGCCUAACCCAGCGCCGAGGGACAUCAGCGCAGGAUUCAGGUUAGUGGCUGAAGGAGUUUCAACCCCUUCUGUGCCGCAGGAGGGGGCCCCGAGGGAGGGGGGACCUAAUAACCCUAUGGUGCCAGGAAAACACCUUUGUUUUCCUGGCACUAUGGGAUCCCUUUAAGUCAAUUCAGUGUUUAAUCAAGAUACCACAUUAUAUAUAAAUAGCAUUCUUUAGUUCUCUCGAAGUUGCUUUCUUCCUCAUUUAUGAAGUCGGUCAUUUCCUUGCAUCUGUUUUUUUGGGCUCCCAGGGGGUUCAAACCUAACAUUAUUCAAUGUAGCAUGUCAUAUAUUUUAUUAAUACAAAGCAGCACCACACUGCCUAUCUCCUGUCUCAUAUAUAGUUUUUGAAAAAUUAAUUUGAAUUAGAGGUUGGCAGAGUCAAUGUUUAAAACUCCAAACCUGGAGUGCUGCAGAAAAUUAAAGUUUAAUUUCAUAAUUUGUUUGUGACAAAAGAAUGAAUAAUGAUUCUUACUAUGUAUUUUAAAUUUAUUUAUUUAUUUUUUACCAUUUGUCCUUUACUGUCGGCUUCACCGUUUUUGUACUACAACUAACGAUUCCUAUUUGUAGCCCACAGCCAUCAGUUGUUUUUUUAGUUUGAAACACUUUUAUUGUCAUAAAGCAAUGAAGAGUAUAAGAACAUUUUCACAUUGAACGAUUAUAAAAGCUAUAGAAAAAUGCUCAUUAGUUGGCAUAUUGUGUAUGACAUUUUCCAUAUGUUUGCAAUAAAACAGAUACAAUAAAAUAUAAACAUGAUAAAUGAUCUGACGAAAUAUAAAACAUAAGAAAUUUAAAUUCUCUCUUUUACCGAAUUGUGCUAGCUAGUGAAGUCUAAUACCUCCGUAUAGCAUAUUAGAUGUGUAUUGUGGGGCUGGGGGAACAAACCUGGUUCAUCUAGUGUAAAAACUGUUAUAUUGCCAUAUCCCACCUCCUGGACAGCAUCCAUUUUACAUUCAUUGUGAAGCUGCAUUCUUAGUGAGCUGUCCAGGAGGUGGGAGGGUCUAGGAGGGAGGGUCUGCUGCUGAUUGGCUGGAAUGUGUCUGCUGACUGUGAGGUACAGGGUCAAAGUUUACUCAAUGAUGAGUCCAUGGCGAACCGUUCGCGAACCAUUCGGCGAACCGUUCGGGACAUCACUAUUGCCAAGUGAUGAAGAUUUUUUUCAUUUGGGUGCUUUUGUUAAGUAAAGCCCCCAACAAGUCCAUGUGGAAUAGGAAAGAUAUUUUUGUUUCUCAGUAAUAGUAUUGUUGGUGGAAAGGGGACGAUCCAGCAUUGUAGUAUGCUCUUACUGGCCGCAGCCAAAAUCAUAUGGGCUAGUUUAGAAUCCUGGUUCGAAUCUUACAUCCCCCACAACAUCGCCGAAGCUGGGGAAAUCUCAAAACAUUUACCUGUAACUCUCGAUAUGUUGUGCGACUUGUCUCCAGAAUGUUUCAAUUUCUACACCGCCCCAAAAGCAAUUAUAAAAGUCCGCUACGCUCGUCCCACACUUUAAACAAUGGUCAAAUCUAAUUGUUUUAACAGAAAUAGUUUUUGAAGAGAGUAAUACACGUGGUGCAUGAUCUUUGAAUGCAUUUCCUGCACUGAGCCUGAUGGUAAACAUGUAAGUUGUUUGACUGUAGUUAUGAUUUUUUUGUGAGUUAAUGUUGGAAAAUAUGUUAUCCACCAAGACAAGCCUAAUUAUGUGGCUGUAUGGUCUGGGCUGUUUGAAUUUGAAGUUAAAGUGAGUUUAUUGUAAAUUAUGUUAUUUUGCAGUGAGCUAUUACUUUUUCUUUGUUAGUUUAUUGUAUAUGAUGAAGUAGUUGGUUGUGUGAGUGGGUGGUCUAUAGAAUUGUCACAGUCUUCCAAACCAGGGUGUGGUAAUAUAGUGCCUAUCAAGCUAUGCUUCUGUAAAUAUGUGAAGAAAGGGACAUCGAAGCUAAUUUGUCUUUGAGUUGGUGAAAUGUGUAAACUGAUUUUUUGGGUAUAAAAACUAUGUUAAUUCAACCUUCUGCCGUCCAAGAGGUAUAUGGGUAAUGGGUUUCCCGGUCUUACGAAAAAAAGGGAAUAAAUCUGGUGUAUUGCCUUUGCUGUCCUAGUAGUUGUCUUACCAUUUUACCAGUUGUUUUUUUAAAUGUGAGUAUAUUUUUUUCCGUGGUACCUGACGAGUCACCUACUCCAACAGAGUUUGUGGUUCAGCUCUGUGAACUACAGUUCACCUAAAGUCUCUAUUAUUAUUUUAUUAUUUAUAUAGCGCCAUCAGAUUCCGUAGCGCUGUACAAUGGGUGAGGCUUUUGGUUGUAGUUCAUGUGUACACAAACAAACUUCAGAUAUUCCUUGGUUAAAAUCUAAUGGCUUUAUUAUCCCCGUACGGUUUAAAAAACAAAAUUUAAUAUCCAACCAAUGCCAGUAGUGAACAAGUAUCAUUAAAGAGACACUAUAGUCACCAAAACAACUACAGCUUAAUAUAGCUUGUUCCUGCAGGUUUUGACAGUGUUUACAUUACUGUCUAGGAACACCUCUAGUGGAAGUUUUUCAUAAGGCCACUAGAUUUGCUUCCUGGGUCAGUGCUGCACAAUGUGGAGCACUGACGAUCAAUGUCUCCACGCUCUGCAUCAAAGCCCUGAACACUCCUCAUUGAGAUGCAUUAAUUCAAUGAGAAAAAGCUGAUUGGCCAGCGCAGUGUUUUGCUGUGCAGGCGCAAUAGCCUCCCAAUGCUUUCCUAUGAUAAAGCAUCGGAUUGGCUGAUAUAAUCAAAUUUGAUGAUCUCAGCCAAGGAGGCGUAGCCAUCAGCGAGGAGACCCGCAUGGUGCUGGAAAAAAGAUUAAACCACUUUUUUCACUGGGGGCAAUGGCCUGGCCGCCUUAAUGGGCGAUCUUAGAGCUAUAGUAUCAGGAAUACAUAUUUGUAUUCCUUUAAGUUAGCAGUGCUGACUCCUGGACAAUUAAAGCUUCUACGUGUUUCCUAUUACACUUUAUCGCAAAAUCUCUUCCUAUAGUGUAAUACGAAUGGCAGAGAUAAGCUUGGAUUAGCCAAGUCAAAUCUCACUACUUUUGAAGAUGCACUCCAUGCUGGAGACCUUUCCUAUUCAAGGAAAACACUAUUCAAAGCCCUUCCAAUUAUUUAGCCCUCAAAAACUUCCUUGACUUUCGGUACAAAGAGCAGGUGCCACUACAUCUUUAAACCUAAAGGAAAUUGUACCCAACUCCUCUGUUCACACAACCCCAAGCCUUUUGUGGCAAUAUUUGUGUACGGUGUGGAUUUUUUUAAGACGUCAUUCUGCUUGGUCUUAUGCUGUUUUUUUCAUUUAGUACCUUACAUGUCAGUAGGCACGGACAAACUUAUGGUUAUAGAAAUUUUGAUUGUUUUACAUUUAAAUAAACUGAUUUCUCUACAGCUCUUAUAUUUAACUAUUGUUUUUAAUAAUUGAAUGUCUUUGUAUGAGUAAGUUUGAAAUUCUCAUGUCUUUUGUUCCCCUUUUUUAUUUCCUUAAUUAACAAAUGGCAGUUUUGGUUAGUGUGCAAAGCUGGUAGAUAAAUACCCUAUUUUUAUUCCUCCAAAGUCCCUGUAAUUAUCCAGUCAAGAAACACAAAUGUCAAACUAGUUGGGUGGUUUCCGAUGUUUGCAGACAAACAUUAAAGUGACACUAUAGGGAUCAUAACAACUUCAUCUUAAUGAAGCAGUUUUGGUGUACAGAUCAUGCCCCUGCAGUGUCACUGCUCAAUUCUCUGCCAUUGUGAUUUUUAAAAAUAAUAUCAUGACCGGUGUAUAGUCGCCAUAUGGGCAGUCGGACUCCAGGACAACCCUCCCACAUACCUAACCCAAUAAUGCACUGACACUCGGGUAUAUGGGAAAAUUUGUCCACAGCUUUAUUAAACAAUCUGAAUAAUAAUAACCAUAUAUUCAACAUAACAUAAUAAUAGUAAUAAUUUAACAAAUAAACAUGGGUCAUUGCCCCCCAUACUCCGCCCUCGCAUCCGAUUCCUUCUGUUAAUAUAAAAGGCAAUGACCCCCAUAUAAAUAACAUAUAUAUAUAACAUAUACCAACAUUAUUCCAACAUACCAACUUAAAGUGCCAACAUAAAUUUAACCAUGGCAGGGGUAUACCCGGAUACCCCUACCCCACCAGGUUCUGAGCCACCGACAGGACUCGAAACCUACCAACCACCAAUGACCACAGUUUUCCAUAUCUGUCACGUUCAUCCUAGGGAGCCUAUUCCUUCUCCUUCAGCUCCCUAUCCCGCCGCUGUGAAAAAACGGGAUAUCCCCUAACCAUAAACAAUAUCUAUAGGGAGGGUGGGCGGGACAAACUUGGUCAGGUAGGAAAUUAGAAGUGAGCUCACUUAAAAUGGCUGCCUAUUUAAAUAGCCCAGCCUACUUACCCAUAACUCCAUACUUCCUUCCCUCCUCCUAUGCCCGCCUCCUAACCCCUGUCAAGGCCCUUUUUUGCUUAGCUGUGCUUUGGCUACAUGGGGCUACAGGAUGUGUUACUCUACUAAGAAGGUAGUGAAUGCAUGGAAUAGCCUUCCAGCUGAAGUGGUAGAGGUUAACACCGUGAAGGAGUUUAAGCAUGCGUGGGAUAGGCAUAAGGCUAUCCUAGCUAUAAGAUAAGGCCAGGGACUAAUAAAAGUAUUUAGAAAAUUGGGCAGGCUAGAUUGGCCAAAUGGUUCUUAUCUGUCGUCACAUUCUAUGUUUCUUGUUUUUGCCCGUACAGACCUAGUCACACCUCUCCUGGCUUGAUAGUGGGUACAGGCAACACUAUCUACUGAUUCCUUGUUAAUCUGUGAUACCAACAAAAGGACAAAUAAUCCCUGUCAUUAUAAUAUUGCACCCCUAUCACCUGUUAGCAUUUUUUAAGGCACUUGGCUGUUUGUAACCUUCGUUCAGUGAUGCAGUAGAAAAGCCCGCAAAAGCACCGCAAUAUCACCAGUUUUAUUAUCAGCCUAUCGAGCGAGACCUCUCCAAAAUGAACAAUUAAAUAAUAAUUCAAGUCCUUAUUCAAGACAAUAAUGUUUUCCAAAAACUACGGCUUUGCUGACAGAUUAAAGGUUUCUUUUUGUACAGACGGCGGUUAUUUUUUCAGGACAGGUACAUCGUAAAAAGACGAACAGAGGAAGCUCUCCAGAGAUACGAGCAAUUCAUUAGCCAUGUCACUGGUAGUCGAGAAUAAUCAGUUCCAGUUCUAUUAUGAAGUCUAUUAUGAACAGGCUGAUUGUUAUGGUCUAUGAAUUAACAUAAUGUUUGUUAGUGGACAGGUCCAUUUUAACCUCUUCACUACACGGUACGCUAUUGUAUCCAUGGAAAGAUUAUAUGGAUGUAUAGCCAACAAAUGAAAUAAGUUAAUUAACUACUCAACAAAAUGUUUCUUACUAUAUGUUUUUACUGCAGAAAUGCAUUAGUGAUUAUAUUGUAUUCCUUGACUUUAAGGUCAGGUUUACAUAUCCGUACCUGGAACCAAGGGUUGCCCACUGUUUUGGAGACAUUAUGACAUUAUGAAGAUCCUAAUUAUUCCUGAGGGUCUUCUUCCAUCUUCACCUCUUAUCAAUAAGGAUGCCAAUCUACUGCUGUACGUAAUGAUUGCAUGGCAGUAUAAAAGAAACAAGCAUUUUUAGUGCUUGAGUAAGUACCCCUGUUAGACAUCUACAUAUAGGUAGCUGCCUAUCUUGUCUUUAAGAAUACUCCGGACAGUUUGUGUAGGAGGGAUAUCAUAUUUUUAAACAUAGGAAGUAUGUUAGAGUACUAGCUAUGAAUUUCCACAAUGGUCUUGCUCGUUGGAUUCUUAAGAAAUAUGUGACUAUUAUAGUGAAGUUUCCAGAGUCUUACAAAAAUUUGAUUUAGAUGUUUCCUCAUGAUUAACUAGCGAUAUUAUUUACAUCAACCAAUGCAAUGGGAAUAUGCCCUAAUGUAUACCUUCAGAUAUGCCUUUAUCUUUCUAGAGUUAAUGGUUUCUAUAUGUACAGUAGCUGUAAAAAGUAAACCUUACUGCCACUUUCGGGAAGGCACAAGGGCUGACUGAAUGACUGGCUAAGUAAAUUGUUCUUUGUUGAGUGAGAAAAGGUGUGAAUUUGAUAGGAAGGUAAAUGUAAAUUAAAAAAUAUUGUUUUGCAACCAGUUCUGAUUUGGUUACAUAGAGUGAGUAUGGGGCUGUUGCAGACCUGUUAACUCUUAAUAUCGGGUGAGGAAGGUAGUGGGCAGGAGAUAAGCCGGUGAUGGGCCUGUCCAUGGCACAAUUAGCAUCACAGAAAACAUGUCCGCCUUAAAUAGGGGCAUAUUAAAACAGAGCGCUAGCAUGCCAGGAUGAUUGGCUGUCUGUACACCAAGGGCUACUGUAGUGUUCACGUAUGGGCUUUAAUGCCCUGGAUUUAAUUGUCAGUUCACCAUGAGUGUAGUUAAAAAGGCACUUGUUGUGCACUAACUACUUCACAUCGUGGGCAGCUAGUGCGAGAGAAGGUAAGUGUGGUGAUCUAGCCAGUACGUAAACCUGCGGAUGCCUUGUUUAGCAUUUGGUUACUCACAAAAGGCAAGUUCUGUUGUUUAAAAAAUUUGCACUACCUAGUCACAUACAUUCAAAUUGCAACUAAAUUGCAUUUCUAAUCCUAACUUACUUUAAUGCGACUCCAAACUUCCCUAACUCUAUAAGGAAACCCCAUGCAUAACUCCCCACCAAAUCUAGUCUUAUUGUAUGUAGUGGAGCUCUCUGUACCCUGGCUGGGUACCUCCGCCAAGGACUUGCUUCCUAGCUGGAACUGGGGAAAACUCAACGCUUGGGCCCCAGUCUCCGUGACUUGACUGGGGUCCUCCUCGAGCCUCUACGUCCUGUAACAGGAUAGGGGACUAGCUCUAUUCCCUCCCACGACUGGACGACACACAGUCCUUACAUGAACUUUCCCUGCUGAAUCCUCCACAAGCUGGAACAAGGUGCUGAGCAGUGAUUAGCCCUUUCCCCUCCUAGUAACCAGACGACACAAAGUUCUGGGAGUACAACUGAUUUUAAUUAGCCAAUUUGGUGCUUUGGCCGGUCAACUUUCAGAAGCUCGUGCGGCCACAAUACAGGGUGCUCCGCCUGGCUCUCAGGAAGCGUUUGUUUCUCUUAGUCUCAGGUACCUUUCCAAAAAGCCUUUAAAUGGUUCAAAACCCCGGAACAAGUUGUCCAGGAACCGCAAGGUCACCUCAUGCCGAAAACAGUUCCAUAACAUUCCAGACUAAGUACUGCUGAGGUGACCGGGAACCACGAAGUCCUCAAACCGAAAUUAGUUCCAUAGCAGUCGCGGCUAAGUACAGCUGAGGACCAUUCAUGGAUUUGUUCAUGCGAACGGCCGCCAGGGAGCUAGCAUUCGGUUCCAUUCGAAUGAAGGGAAAGUGCCGAACAAGGGGCACCCAGGGAAAGCUGCUAAUGGAGGCUGGGUAGGGUAACCCCUGAACAGGGUCGCUGACCUGGACCAUAGUUAGUGGGCAGGAGGCCAGCUUUCACAGUCUUCCAGGAGUCCGUGGCAAACGUUUGUCUAUUAUUUUUUUUUUUUUACAGGAUAAUUUGGUCAGAGUUCAGUUGCAAUUCGGUUGGAUUUUGAUUGAAUUACUUGAAAUAAAUUACAUUCAAGAAUGAUCCAUUUGAAAAUAGCAGGGAUCCAUCCUAUCUCAAUUUGGUUAACAUCUGACGGUUAGUGAAAGCAGUGAGCCACAGAGGAAUUUUAACCACAAAAUGCAAGAGAAUAGAGUUGAAUUAAAUCAUCUGAAUUUACAAAAGUUAAGUCAUUGUCUACUGAAUAGACCCUAGCUGGGUUUGUUGUCUUGGUUUCAGUGACCAGAAACAAACUGAAACCACUGACUCAAAUCUGCAUGUGAUUUUCAACCCCAUCUUGUAUAGAAACUGUAAGUGAUUCCAUUGUACAUAUAUCACUUACCCACUGAGCAACUCCUGGAAUGUAGGCGCACACCGCUCUCGCCACAGAGAGGGUAUUGAGCACCUUGCAGUCGUCAAAAGAUGCUUGACCAAAGGUUUUUAUGUAUUUGGAGAGUGCAAGAGUUAUACUGCAUGUCGGUAUCAUUCUUUUACAAGAUUACAUUGCUUUUUACAAUAUAUUUCUUUUCUGAGAGUCUACUUUCAUGCAUGUGCUAAAAUGAGAGGUUACACCUCAUUUCACUGUUCAUAUAUCCUUCAACAUAACUUUUUAAUAUAGAUUUUGUUCCCACUAUGAAAUAUUUAAGAAGAGCAGGGGUACAUUUCAUUAUUAAAUCAUUUAAACUUUUGCACAAUUUUGGUGGUACUUUAUCUCACCCAAUAAAAGUAUAUAUUUUUUUAUUUUUGCUGAAGAGCUUUUUUAAAAAUAAUUUGUUGGUGGUGGGAGUGUCAUGGUCUGGGCCUGCAUGAGUGCUGCAGGCACUGGGGAGCUACAGUUCAUUGAGGGAACCAUGAAUUCCAACAUGUACUGUGACAUACUGAAGCAGAGCAUGAUCCCCACCCUUCAGAGCCAGGCCACAUGGCAGUAUUCCAACAUGAUAAUGACCCCAAACACACCUCCAAGAUUACCACUGCCUUGCUAGAGAAGCUGAGGGUAAAGGUGAUGGACUGUAACUCCACCAGCUCCGUGUUGUCGUCAUGGAGGAGUGGAAGAGGACUCCAGUGGCAACCUGUGAAACUCUGGUGAACUCCAUGCCCAUGAGGGUUAAGGCAGUGCUGGAAAAUAAUGGUGGCCACACAAAAUAUUGACACAUUGGGCCCAAUUUUGACAUUUCCACUUAAGGGUGUACUCACUUUUGUUGCCAAGGUUUUAGACAUUAAUGGCUGUGCGUUGAGUUAUUUUGAGGGGACAGCAAAUUUACACUGUUAUACAGGCUGUAUUGUAGCAGAGUGUCAUUUCUUCAGUUGUCACGUGAAAAGAUAUAAAAUAUUUACAAAAAUGUGACGGGUGUACUCACUUUUGUGAGAUACUGUAUAUAUAUACUUCUUCAUUUAACUUCCUGUUAUGGGUAUUCAGCAUUAUUCACCAUUAAUAUCACUCAUACAUAGUCACAUGUAGCAGUUCUCUUUCACUUUGGUGAGUUUCAUUUUUUCCUAAAAAUAUAUUUAUUUCUGGGAAAGGGAAAGGCAACAAAAACAUAAUAGUCCUGCAAAAUCUCUUUCAUGACAUGAGAUUAGGAUUCUCAGUGUAACUUGGCAAGUCAUUUAAAUGUUUAGGGAACUUAUUUAUCCCCUUCACUCUUACAGUCAGGAAGAGGAUUUUUGUGGGUCUGAGCUUUACAUUAACAUUACAGAGAUUGUGAACUACCUACGUUUAAAUUUUAACUGUAUUCACUGUAUGUGAAUCUUAUGCUGAAAUACAGACAUGUGUCUUACAUUCCGUUGCAAUUAUCAUUAAAGGCUUACUCCAACCACCAUGACCAUGUCUGCUUAGAAGUGUUCAUAGUUGUAGGAGUCUGUUUGUGUAGUUUGUUUCAAUGCUGCACAUUAAGAGGUGUUUGUACUUGUGUGGAGGGCGCUUGUCACACCCCUGGCUCAUAUGACUUACAGCUACUGUAGUCCUGUGCAUCCUCUAUGUUGAGACUUGGUAUUCUAUUAUGUCAUAUGAUGUAUGAACAUUAAAAAUGAAUGCAUUUAAUGCAAUUUACCAAAAAAAAAAAAACAUGUUUAAAUACCUCCCCCCACCCCGCCCUCCCUUUUUUCCUCUGACUUCAGGCAAGUUCUGUUUUAGAAGCUGUUUGACAAGUGCAUUCAUACCAGGCUAAACUGUCAAAUCUUUGGGCAGAUUCACCCCCUUUCUGGAUGGGUCCGCCCUUUUGGCCGUCACCGGCGGCAUGAUUUGCAGCAUUGCCUUGCCCCUUUUUACUCUAUCCAUCAGUGUUGUAUGAUUAUAAGUGAGAUUCCAGUUUGCUACUAAAUACGCAUGUCUACUAAAUAGUGCUAUUAUAGCCUGGUGCAAACAUACAACACUGGGCUUCUAAGUAUUAUUUCUUAGAUAUGCACAGGAAGGAAAACAGAAGAAGGGAUAGACAGACAUGUAAAUGACUACCUGCGAAACCUAUUCAUGCCAAGCUGGUGUGUCUGCAGUUCAUUGUCUGUGGUCAAGGAAGGAUGUAUGUUACAAUUGGGGGUAUGGCUAAGGAGACAUGCUAAUAAUGCAAGACUUUCUUUUCAUUUUUACAAGAAACAUAAAUAUUUGAGCAUGCAAACAAACACAGCAUAUUAAUGAGGCCAAAACCUAUAAAAUUCAUUAAAGUUGUAUAAUUCCCAAAGCAGAGUGUCACUUUAAGAGUUUUAUACUAUCUAAAAAUAUUGUUAUUCCAGCUAAUGACUUGGCUUGUACUCCUUGAUAUUGGCAUACAUUUGCAGUAAAACGGCAUUCGGGCCUUAAUAAAUCACACAGGGAUUGUAUAUAUGAUGAAAGUUCCUACUCCUGUGUGUGUACUGAAAGUAGGAACCCUAUAAAACCUCAUACAAAUAUUCAUGAAAAAAAUGUUACUCUCAUAUAUAAGUAAGAUGUCCAUUGCAAAAAAUAUUCAUAUAUUAUGACACAAAUAGAGGUAUUAUGUGAAGUUAAAGGAACACUGUAGUGUUAGGAAUAUAAAGCUAUAUUUGGAACACAAUAGGAACUCUCUUCCCACAUUCCCUCGUGCCACCCACCUUCGGUGAUGUAAAGAGUUAAGAGACCCUUUAAAAAUAUACCUGUUUCCAGCUCCUCCUCUGCCGAUUGAUGGGGGGGGGGGGGAUCUAAUGCACACACAUUAGACCUUCCCCAUAGGAAAGAAUUAACUCAGUGCUUUCCUAUGGGGUUUUUAAACUUGCUGGACAGACAGCCACUAGAGGCAGUCUUAACCUUUUAUGUAAACAUUGCAGUUUCUCAAAAACUGCAAUGUUUUUCAUUGCAGGGUUAAAGGAACAGGGAUACUGCACCCAGAUCACUUCAAUGAAAUAAUUUGGUCUGGGUGCCUGUAGUGUCCCUUUAAUUAGGUAAGAUACUAGCAGACCCACCACCUUCGGCAAUGACGUUCUUUAAAAAUUAGUCUCUGUGUUAAAUAAAGGAAAAAAAAUUGUCUUAAUGCAAUAAAUUUUUUUUCCUUGGAUCAACAUUACUGAAAGUGAAAUUAAAUCAUUUUUUGUAUCCAACCUUUUUAGAAAGUACUGACUGAAUCAGCCAAAACAAACUUCCCUUGGCAGAGCGUAUUCUGCAUUGCCCUUGAACAAACUCGUAUAUGAUAAACAAAUCUCCCUUACUAUGGGCAUUAUCUCCAGAGCAUACAACCUCAUUUAGAAAGAAUGUCCUCAAAGCUGAAAUUUUCCAUUCCUUUAAUUUCCAUUUCCACAAUACCUUUCUUAGAAGCUGGUGCCCAAAAGUGUACUGCAUAUCCAAUAUGAGGCCUUACCUUUGCAAUCAGCCUACUUUAUAAAAACUGAACAAAAUCAUAAACACAACACUUUUGUUUUUGUCCCCAUUUUUCAUGAGCUGAACUCAAAGAUCUACGACUUUUUCUAUGUACACAAAAGGCCUAUUUCUCUCAAAUAUUAUUCACAAAUCUGCCUAAAUCUGUGUUAGUGAGCACUUCUCCUUUGCCGAGAUAAUCCAUCCAACUCACAGGUGUUGCAUAUCAAGAUGCUGAUUAGACAGCAUGAUUAUUGCACAGGUGUGCCUUUACAGAUUAUUGCACAGGUGUGCCUUAGGCUGGCCAUAAUAAAAGGCCACUCUAAAAUGUGCAGUUUUACUCCGAGGAUCCGAGGGGGUCCGAAAACCAGUCAGUAUCUGGUGUGACCGCCAUUUGCCUCACACAGUGCCACACAUCUCCUUUGCAUAGAGUUAAACAAGUUGUUGAUUGUGGCCUGUAGAAUGUUGGUCCACUCCUCUUUAAUGGCAGUGCGAAGUUGGAGGAUAUUUGCAGGACCUGGUAUACGCAUCCCAAACAUGCUCAAUGGGUGACAUGUCUGGUGAGUAUGCUAGCCAUGCAAGAACUGUGAUGUUUUCAGCUUCCAGGAAUUGUAUACAGAUCUUUGCAACAUGGGGCUGUGCAUUAUCAUGCUGCAACAUGAGGUGAUGGUCGUGGAUGAAUGGCAGAACAAUGGGCUCUGGAUCUGGAUAAAUACCAACAAUCUUGCAGACAUAACUUGCAUUAGUUACAUUACUUAAAGGAGCACUCCAAGUAUCAUUGACACUUACCUUUGUGCCCUUUCAGCUUCCGAUCUUUCUAGAGCUGGAGAAGCUGAAUGUAAGUUAUGUUUAAUGGAAGAACUUGUUCAAUCAUUCAUUGUCUGAAAGUUCUCAACUGACAUUCUCAGCCAAUGAAUAUAUGCCUACAUCAGCAUUGGCCUUCUUCUGCUCCAAAAGCAUCUCUAGAAAUUACUCACUAAUCUCAGCCUAUUUAAAUAACACUGUAGACUUUUUGGGGGUAGGGUCCUCUUGUGCCUGUAACAAUUUGUAAUAGUCAAAUUUUUCGUUAAAUUUCCCCCUUUAAAAUGUAAAGCACCGUGGAAUAAGUUGGCAAUAUAUAAAUUUCUAAAAUAAUAAAUUAGUAGUGUAGACCUUGCAGAUGUUAAACUAGAAAAACAACUGUUACACAAUCAACUCUUGCAAUAUGUAAAGCAUAAACAUUGCAUAGAGUAAUGGGUGUUGUAUACUGAGAUACAACCACAUUCCCAGGUUGAAAGUCACCAUUGAGCUCCAACCUACCAAAGACCAAAUUCAACCAAGUGAAUAUUGGUACUGAAUUUUCAAGAUCCCAGCUACCAAUCCAACCUACCCACAAUUUUUAUCCAUCUCCCGCCAUAGCCCAGAGCUUAAAUCCUCAGGCUAUAUGAGAGCCCCACCCCUGCAAAAACAAUACACGCUGGAAACUGUCCUGGAAAAUCAGGUUAAGGAAAUCGUUACCUACGUUGUAGAAGUGCACCCCAUCAUGCCUCAAAUAACCAGGAAGCAUGGCUUCCAUAUUAACAUUCACUCCCCUGAGUCGUCUUAUGAAAAUGGAUAACAGCUUAUUAACCUUCCCCCUACUCCUAGCCACUGCCACAGGAUCCCAAGCAUGAUGCCUGUGUAACCAGGGAACCAUCUCCAACCAAAUUAUCGUUACUACCGGAAAAGGACCCCUCAACCUACCCUAGCCCUGCUUUAUACGUUACAGCAACUAAGUCUGGGGCACCAGUCCUAAAUCAUUACCCCUGGCAUGCAUCAAUAGAAAAUCUAGGACUGCCCAGAACCUGUCCGCCUAAAAACCUUGAGACAAACCUUCCUCCAGCUGAAACCCAAUAACCAAACCAAUACAAUUGGACCAAGCACCGUGGAAAGCCCAGCUGUCCUCCUUUAUGUCUAACCGCAGCUCUCUUGUGUACCCAAUUGACCUACAAAAGAAAGAAAACUUAUUACCAAAGACAAACAAUUUAACACACACCAACCCAAAUUUGCACCAAACUAUCCGACUUAACAUAUGACCGGACCCUAACUGACUCCCACCUUCCAAUCCUUUUAACUAAAUCGUCCCCUAAAACCCAAACGCGCUUCUUCCAUUGCAGCACCGAUCCUAAAUAAAUGCGUGAAGAACUGUAAUGUAUCCAGUCCCAAAUGACCCAAAACUAAGCAAAAAACAUGAAAGAAGGAAUCCCGAAUCCUGGGACGAACCUUUAAGUAAGUGGAAGCACAAAAACAUAAACGAAUGGCAACCCGAUUAUGCUCCAACUCAACAUCAUCUAAAUUAACAGCUCCUUCUCCCGAUCGACUACCACUAACCAACUCACUCACCCUAAAAGAACCAAAGAUUACCCAAACAAAUGCAAGUGGGAACAAAAGAACCCAUUAGCGCUCCGAUCAGACUCUGCUAGAUCUCAAAAGACACUGGCCUCUUGGUGUCUGGUGUUCUUUUUUCCUUACGAAAACCUUUUAAAACCGGUCGAACCAAAAAAUGUUUUGUGACGUAUUCCCACCCAUUCAAUUUAAACAAAAAGGCUAAAGCUGCCUUAUGCUUAUCAACAUCAGAAGGUGAAGCACCAGUAGAGAAUAAUCUACAAAAAUACCACAACUACCUACCGGACCUCAGCUGAGUGAUGUCUCCCAGCAAAGAUCCACACCUCUUCCCAUGCUCUCCACACCUUAACAUACACUGCCCAAGUACUCGGCACAAGUGACUCUCUAGUCAGUCAUCCAAGAGGCUGCCACACAUUGUCUGGACAGGUCAGACCCUUCUUCCAUGCACCAGGAACCGCCAUGCGAAACCUCUCCCACUGUAAACGAGACAGGGCAUCAGCAAUGAUAUGCAAGAAAUCAGGCACAUGAUGCGCCUUAAAAACAAUAUUAAACUGCAUGCAAAGUAAUACAAAAUGCCACAACAAGCGACUCACUGGAGUAGAAGAGGCAGAUAAAUGAUUAACUGCCGCCAUCUCUGACAUAUUGUCAGUGAAGAAAAUCACUUUUGUGUCCAUCAACAUGGCACCCCAUUAAGCUAAAGCAACCACCGAGGAAAUAGUUCCAAAAACGCCAAGUUGCGAAUGAUGGGAUUCUCUUUCCAACACUCUAGCCAAGUUUCAGCACACCAUUGACCAGAAAAAUAAGCUUCAAAACCUACUCUCCCUGAAGCAUCCGUAAACCAUUCCAAUUCGGGAGAGGAGACCGCUGUUUCCCGAAAGAAGACACAUUCAUUAAGAUCCCAAAGAAAAAUAUCCCAAACUUCCAAGUCUGCCAUCAACGGUGCCAUAAUUCUGACAAAAUGAUGCAGAGAACUGAUCCCACAAGUCAUCUUCGCAAGGAACCUAUUAAAAGCCAUCCCCACCGGUACAAUUUCACAUGCAAAUUUAAAUCAGCGUCACUUUCCACACCUCACACACUUCUCCAAUGACCUCUCGAAGCACAAUCAACUUGUCUGCUGGUAAACUACAUUCCCCUGAUACCGAAUUGAUUUCAAGACCCAACAAACUGUGACAUGGGGACGGACUCCAAAAACAUGGGCAACCCAUUCCAGUGUUCGCAACCCUACACGACUGACAUCUGAACCAAUAGGACUGACACACAGAAAAUCAUCCAAAUAAUGAACCAUGGAGUUGCUACCAGUUCUAACUUGACCACCCACCUCAAAAACCAUACUAAAGAUUUCAAAAUAAAUGCACGAGAUGGAAUAACCCAUGGGCAAACAAAGAUCUACAAAGUAUUUACCCUCAAAGUAAGAGUUAAGAAUAGACAUGUGCACCAGUGAAAUUUUCGUUUUGUACAAAUUAACUCAUAAUACCACUGCGCAUGCGCAAAAAAAAAGCAAGGAGGGAGACGGCAGCACUACCAGCUCCCUCCUUGUAAUAAAUAAUAUUAAUUCCUACCCCUCCCCCCCCCGCAUUGAAACCUAUGGGGGUCACUAUGACCCACAUAUUAAUAAAAGGGAGGUUAAAUCCUUCCGCAUGCCCCUACUCGUGGCAUGACAUUUAAAACUACUAGUGAGUGGCUAUUGCUGCCCAGUCGUUCCCAUAUGGUGGGGCACCCAAAUAACAAAAAUGGAGGUGAUAUAGUGCCCCUCACCCGUGACCCGCGGGUGGGGGAUAUUAAUAUAAACAGGGGGACCUAGUGUUUCCCCCAGGCCCCCACCCAGGACCGGCGGGUGGGGACCUUAAUUAAAUAAUGGGGGGCCUAAUGUUCCCCCAGUUUCCCACCCAUGAGCGGCGGGUGGGGGCCCUAAGUAUCAAUGGGGGGGACCUAUUGUCCCCCCUGGCCCCCACCCAUGAGCGGCGGGUUGGGGCCCUAAGUAACAAAAGGGGGGGACCUAUUCUCCCCCCUUAGCCCCCACCCAUGAGAGGCGGGUGGGGGCCCUAAAUGACAAUAAGGGGGGGACCAACCCUUCAUUGAAAAGCCAGCAGAAAUCUUUAUUUAUGGCCACAAGGCGGAGGCAGGGCCUGGGCCAACCACAGACUGAAAGGGUGAGGCUGCUUUUUGGGCCAUCAUGAACUUUACCCAUAGUUGCAGGUUCCUUUUGAUCCCACCGCAUACCUGAAUUAGCAGAGAGACGCUGCCAAAAUUGUUCAUUGUAGCGCCACCAAGCCAAACCCCUGUAUGUACAAUAUGCCUCCCAUAUCCCGUCCAAAUAGCAAAAAAGUUGAGAACACUGCUCAGGAUGUCUCUCACCCAGCACACUAGCCAAAAUGCAGAUUGCGCAACCAGUUAUCGAACGAGUUCGGUAUCUUACAAUACCUCUGUCGUUUCUCUUCCUCCUCCUUUUUUGUGUCUUUCUUAUCCUCUUCUUUUAAGUUGAUGUACUCCUCCAACGGGAUAAGCAAAAUUAAUUCCAGAAACUCACCCUUCCAGAUACUUUCUUUCAAUUCUGGCUGCAUCCGGAAUACUAUCCAAUUUGACGUGUUCAUAUCGUACAUCGGUAACCUCAGAUGUCAAUGCCUCCGCUGUGACACCUGCACUAGCCCCAACCAAUUGUCAUAACUCUGUUACCCCGGCACCUGAACACCCAGAAACUGGCUCCCACAAUUGCCCAAAACUCCCAGAUUUACCCUGCUCUGCACUCCAAAAAAACCUUGAGACCCUGUAAAAGAUCCCCAGAAUAAUGAGCAGAAGAUGUCUCACCAGCCAAACCCCCAGCAGGUAACAUUUGUGGGGCUGAAAUCCGGUCAUCGUCACCCAAGGACCCAGACGUAAGCAUAAACGUUCUGGGACCCGUUUCCUGGACCCAUGCCCAGGCAAUGGGAGAAAGCUACAAUGCCCUGGAAGGAGAAGAGAGACUGGGUAGGCCGUUUACAAUUCCCCUGACCUGCCUCCAGCCGAGCUACCCGACUCGAGCCACACUUGCCAUUUCUGUCAUUGUGACCCUUACGGCCCUCAUAAUCUGCCAGCACUAUCGUGUCCCUCCUGUCAGAGGAGCUCCCACUAUCAGACCCUCUAUCCAAAAGAAAAGUAGCAAAAGAGUACUAGCCACUCUACGGGGAACCUCUGUCACCUCUGCGCUGACUGCCUGUUGAUUGUUGAUGAGAACGACGGCUGCUCCUAGAUCUGCGCUCAGCAUGCAUGUCAGCCUCACUAAAGGAUAUGACACUAGGGUGUCUGGUGUUGCGAUCCUGGGUGCAGGGUGCUUCGCCCACCUGUAAUGAUCUACCCUAAUGAGAUAACCAGCACUCAAACGCUGAAGCUGCCUUUUUGCCUCGUGGGCCAGUGCUCGCGCUAGCUGAAGGCCAAGGUUCUGGAACCGCCAUUCCAAGACAGUCUUGAAGCCAGAACAGCCCCAUCUCACAUACAGCUGACAGGAUUCCUUCCAUUAAGGUCUCCAUUCCAGGAUCCAUCUGAAAAACAAAGAAAAAGACACCAAACAAGCAUGCAGCAGACAAUAACAGGUAAGUCAGGAUUAAUUUAAAAAACCUUUUUAAAAAUAAUCAUAUAGGUCCUGCCCCCACGGAUCCCAUAACAAAUCAAAAUUUCCCAACUUACAUGCUUGUCUCCUAGCUAUGUCAAGGCCCAUUCCCUUCUAGUGAGCAGAUGUUUAAAGGACAAUACAUGUGAGGGAAUUAUGAUAACCUGUGUCUCAUAAAAAGAUUUACAGGAUUAAUUGUUAGAUGUAAAUCUGAUAAAAGUGAAUCUGAGAAAUAUAAUUCUCAACUUGGUUAUUAUUAAAAUUACUUACAUAAUCUGAAACGAAAUCUUGGUUGGACAGUUAUUUGUAAAAUAUUUUGGCAGAUGCCCCAAGAUGGAGAAUACCCGUAUGUCUACCAACGUAGAGUAAAAAUAAGAAGCGCAAGAUGGAAAAAAACGUGAAAAUGUUUAUAAAAGUCUAAUGAAAAUAAUUUUAUUGUGGUACAGUGGGAUGUGCUGCCCCAGAGAACUUUGGGGGAUCUUGAGAUGGGCCCGACACCUUUUGACUGUGGUCUGCCACAAUAUCACAAUAGGUCUGUAAUGUCAGUUCUACCACUUAAACAGCAUUUUGGUACUUGUAGAGUUUUUCUGGCUUUGUCUUGUGUAUUCAUCGGUGUCCCAGCUUUUGACACCUACAAAUAAAACUGCCCACACAUUCAACAGCUGAAUUUACACAUCUCAAAAAUCAGAGCUGGCAGUCUAAAUCUAUAGGAUGUAAUUAUUUUUAAAGAAAAGAAAGCAGAUUAAUCGGCGUCUGUUACAAUUAAUUAUUAUUCCUGUUUUGAAAUUAGUUUUCCAAGCCUGUAAAUUUUCUGUGUUCUCUACGUUGUCCAACAUUGGACCGAACUCUAAAGGUCAUUGCUGACAGUAGGCACUCCAAAUGAGAAAGACUGAGAUACGUAGAUGUGUAAGUGAUCAUGAGGUUCAAAAUGUUCACCACAGUAAUCGCAAGCAUACAUUCCAUUGCCUAUUAUAUUUAGAAAAUGAGUUUUGUUGUCUAGAGUUGUUAGCAUUUGGCUUAGUGAUGUCAGAUGUCUCCUGCUUUAUGCAUAGUUCAGUCUUUUGAAUGUCUUCUACUGACUUUACAGGAGUACUAACAGCACCAGAAAAAUGUGAGCGCUGCUAUUCUUGGCUGACACUUCCCAGCCCAAUUGCUGAUGCAGUUGCAGUUGACCAUGGUCUAUCUGUUGAUCUGGACUUGCUUGUGUUUGAUGGAUUUUUGGACAGUAGAGCUCUGAAUGUCAUACAAAUAUGAGUAAUGUAUAGUUUCUGAUUAUAUCAUCGGACUGGCUCUUUCAAAACAGGAAGCUUUCUAUGUAGAAAUUUCAGACCUCAUUCUAAUCAGAAAUCUAUGUGUUUUAGUUUUUUUUCCCUGUGUACAUAACAUGUAAACGCUAGCUGAAUAUCUAUUGGCUGAAUUUGAAUGCAUUUACUGGAGUGACGAAUGAAGAUUAUCUUCAAGUAUUUUGAAAAUGUUGAAAGAACUGCCAUGUGCACUUUGACAUACACAUCUCCAAUAUUUUAUAGUGUAUUCAUAGUUCAAAUUCAAGUUGUAGGUUUACCUGCUGGAGCACAGAAUUCUAUCCCUCUUUCCCCCAAAAAAGCAGAUACAACAAGUUUAGUUAAUGUAUUAACUAAGGAUUUAACGUCUGAGAUACAUAUAUUCAUAUUUGACAACUGCAUAUGCAUAACAAAUAUUAGCUAAAAGCAAACAGAAAAUAGCAGAUGGCUAGAAACCAGAUCUUUAAAAAUGAAUAAAAUGGCCAUAAAAUUGAUUCCACUUGGAUAUUGCAGUAGGGAAUAUCACAUCUGAAAGUGAGCACAACAGAACAUGUUGCAUUCCAUAAAAACAGAUAUUUUAUUACACAUAAAAUAGGACACUUACAAGAUUCCACAAGUGAACAGGCACAUUAAGAGUAAAAAACUCCUUCAGCAGCUAUUUUCAAAAAUUGUGCAUGGGCAGGUCCUUCGUAAAUUCCCUAUGCCAAAAAUCGAACCUAUGAAUGAUGGAUUUGCUCGACCAAAUUCAAGUGUGCGUUCCAGCAACGCAACAUUCUGCGUUCCACCUUAGAUACUGCAGCUAUUCCCCUAAUGAGUUUCGUAGGCAGUCCCUACUUCAACAGAGGCAUAUCGCAUGCUCGAUGAAGUGGAGUCAUAUAUCAAGCUGAUAAUGGAUAAAUAAUACACAAACACAUAUGGUGGAGCUAUAGAAAUACUGCCCUCUCUUCUUAAAGGACCACUAUAGUGCCAGGAAAACAAACUAGUUUUCCUGGCACUAUAGUGCCCUUAAGGGGUCCCACUCCUGUGGCGCUGAGAGGGGAGGAAGGGUUUAAUCGCUUACCUCUUUUCCAGCGCCGGGCUCCCUCGGCGCUGGAGACUCUCCUCCCUCUUCUUCCGUCAUCGGCUGAAUGCGCAUUCUCAAUGCUUUCCUAUGGACGGCAGCGUCUUCUCACUGUGAAAAUCACAGCGAGAAGCGCGGAAGCACCUCUAGUGGCUGUCAAUGAGACAGCCACUAGAGGCUGGAUUAACCCUAUUGCAAACAUAGCAGUUUCUCUGAAACUGCUAUGUUUACAGCAAAAGGGUUAAACCUAGAUGGACCAGGCACCCAGACCACUUCAUUAAACUGAAGUGGUCUGGGUGCCUAUAGUGGUCCUUUAAUACAACCAGAAAUGCUGAAACAGAAACAGAGGGAUACACAAUAGUGCAGAUUAUCCUUAAUACAACAUGUAAAUAUGUGGAUCUCAAUAAAACACACUCACAAGAGCCAUAUACAGAACCUGGCUCUGGUGUGUAUCUCCUCAGGAUCCUUUUUGGCAGAUCCAAACCCUACUGCAGAUGGUAUAAGAGUGAUCCAGCUGUCCUCCCAAAGUGAUAAAUUCGCAGGUAUCAGGUAAAAGGUUAUGUAAGCAAAUUUAAGUCGGCAAACAACCUGAGAAAUCCAAAGCAUCUAGGGCAGGGGUAGGCAACCUACGGCACUAGUGCCAUGCACGGCACUCGAGGUGUCUUUGCACAACACUCAAGGCUGCUAGAGCCAAACAGGCUCUGUCCUAUCAGGAGUCCCCAGUCAAACUUCAGAUAUCUGCUAAUACAAAGAGGUGGUGAAGGACAAUCCUCAAUUUACUCAUUGUAGCACAUAGAGGAAGUGAUCUCAGAUCACUUCCUCCCAGCACUUGUGAAUGGGAAUCCACACAGUAGUAGAGCAGCUCGCAGUUGCUGUUGCAGCUCCUGUCCUUGACCUGUACUUGGCUGGCCUGGUCCCGACUGAAACCCAGGGAAGCCACCCACACUGCUAGAUAUACACAGAAAUGCAGAAUAACCCUUCCCUCAUACAAAUAAUACGGACAGCCCACCCACAAACAUACACACAAUCCGCACAAACGCAUCACCAGUAACAAUCCACAUACAUGCACACAACUCCACAUGCAGCCUCUCACAAUACCCCAAACAGCCCCCACACACUACCAAAUACACAAUGUGACAUAUCCAUCCACACACACAAUUCCACAAGCAGCCCCCAUACACAGCCCACAUUCAUAUGUAUCAUACACGAUACCACAAACUACUAAUGAACAUAUACAAUAUAAUAGCUCAUAUACGCACAAAUACAACGAAACAAAGCUAUUACAGUAAAAAUAACACAAGCAGAAUACGGCAGCAUACACACCUCAAUUUAAAAAAAAUAGGACCGACACGCUACGGGACAUCACAAUCCUAUAUCGGCACAAUGCUGCUAAAAGGUUGCCUACCCCUGAUCUAGGGUGAAGGAUAUACUAUUUGUUUUUGGUUGAUAAUGGAUAUAGCCAACCGGGUUAAAACCACUGGCAGGAAUUGAACCAUUUAUCAUACACACGGAAUUUAGCAAAAUGAAAUUCCCUUACUGGGUAAACUAAAGAUAAUGUAAUUAAACACUAUCUGAUACAGUUAUUGAAAUGGAUUAAUUGUGAAUAAAUACAAUGGAUAAAACUAUAAAAUUAUGUAUGACUGAACUAACAAAUGCAACAGGCAAAAAUUAAAACAUUGUGCAAACACAAAGACAAUGAUUGCGCUAACACAAAGACAAUGAUUGUGCUAACACAAAAACAAUGUUAACCACUCAAUAAAACAAAUGACUGUAUAGCAUAGUGCAGUUUAAAGGUGGUGACACUAAAAUGAAUAUAGGAUUAUAGAAAUAUCUUAAAGUGAUAAGAAGCAGUGAAAAAAUGUUCUGACACUAAAAGAUGUCUAUAAUGACAUAAAAAACAACUGUUGUGAAAAAUAAUGCAAAUUAAAAGUGAUUCACUAAAAUGGGAUUGUGAAAAUAUCAUAAUAAAAUAGUAAGAAGUAAUUUGAGUAUAUUAGUGUCACUAAAGAUAUAUAAAUCCAAGGGCAACUAAGUAUAAAAAAUGUAAGGGAAUCUACAUAUAAAAAAUAAACUAUACUAUGUAUAAAACCAUCUAAAAACAAUAAUAUGACAAAUGAUACACAAAUAAAAAAGAAAAAUUAAUAAAUAAAUAGAGGAGAAGGCGAUGCAUGUAAUCAAUAUUUCUGAUGAAUACAUGCUAAGGAUAAUAUGGACGCCUUAAUGAGGAACCACGUGAAAUAAACAAAUAAAAUGUGAAAUAUAUAAAUAUUGUGGUUAUUCAAUGGAAAGAAAAAAAUAUAUAUAUAAAAUAGGAAGCUUAUGAAUAUUGGGGUUAAAAAAAGGGCACAUCAAUCAGUUAAAGCAUUUAGUUCUAAAUUGACAUCUAGACCCUUUGGUUCUAAUGUGUCCAUGGUGAUAACCCAUGUGACUUCCGUCUUAUCCAGGUCCCUAUCCAGAUGCCAACCUCUCCAAUGAAUAUGAACUUUAUCUAUAGCCACGUAUCUUAACAAUUAAGGAUUUUGGAUGUGAAACAAACUAAAAUGUUUAGAAACAUUGUGUGACUGAAGACCCUAAUCCUAACCUUGAGUGUUCUUUGGGUUCUUCCAAUAUAUUGCUUACCACAUGGACAUUCUAGUAGGUAUAUUUCCCCUGUGGAAUUGCAAUUGAGAUGACAACUGAUUUUAAAAUACCUUUUCCUAACCUUAUAAAUGAAACCAGAAAGUUUCCUCGUCUUACAUGGAUCCAUUCUGCAGCCUUCCCAGUUACCACAUUUAAAAAAAAAAAAUGGUUAAAACCUUGAUAGUCAUCGUUUUAAUCACACUAUUCCCAACAGUUGGGGCAAAAUGGGUUUUCAAAUUGGAGGCCCUUGUUAAAAUAAUUUUGGACUCUAUCACUAAAAAACUUGUUUAGUACUGGAUCACCUUUAAGAAUAUUCCAAUGUUUUCUUGGCUGACAUCUUCUAGCCCUUGGCUGACAUCUUCUAACCCAAUGGCAGUUGACUAUGGUCUUUUCUCUGCACUUAAUAAUUUCGGUUUCCUUUGGUAAUUUUUGGACUGUAGAGCUCUGAAUGCCAUAUAAAUUGGAGGAAUGUAUAGUUUUUUAUGAUAUAAUUUAAGUUGGUUCUUUUACAACAGGAAGCUUUGUAUGUAGAAACAUCUUGCCUUCUUCUAAUCAGAAAUAAUCUACUAUUUAUUCGUGGCUUUUUCCUGUGCACAUAACAUGUAAAAGCUAGCUGAACAUUGUCAAACCGAAUAUCUGUUGGCUGGAUUUUAAUGCAUUUACUGGAGUGACGAGUGAAGAUUAUCUUGAAGUAGUUUGAAAAUGUUAAAAGAACUGCCUUGUGCACUUUGACAUACACAUCUCCAAUAUUUACAAUGUAGUCAUAGUACAAAUUCAGGUUGUAGGUUCAACUGCUGGAGCAACAAUGUGCCGUUGUAAAGGGAUCCAGGGCCAUAUUUAUGAGUCAGGUGCCUGUAGGCCAGAAUUUAAGCAAGUCCCCCCUCCACCCCCAAAACAGCGAGUUUAAUUAAUGUAUUAACUGGACUUUUCAGACAUAUAAGUGUCUGAAAUACAUGUAGUCAUAUUUAACAAUUACGUAUGUAUAUAAGAAUGUAUGUGCAUAUUUCUGCUGCAAGUAGAGUAUGUGUAUUUAGCGGUGUCAAUGCAUGCAGGGUUAAAGACAAUGUACCCUAUUUAACUUGUUUGGAAAACUUUUCAAAUUAUUUAAUAUUUUCUGAUGAAUCUUUAAAAUUAUUAAAAUUAUUUAAAUAUUUUUAUAUAUUUGAAUAUAUUGAUUUUUUUUAAUGUUUUCAUAUUUUGAAAAACAAAAUCAUUUUAAAAGUUAGUCCAAAAAUAUUAAAUUAUUUGAAAAGCGUAUCCAAAAAUAUUAAAUUGAGGCCAGUCUUUAUAAGGAUAAUUUAAGAUUAUGAGGGUUUAGAGUUACAUAGGAUGGAUUCAAAUUUGAGAGGGAUUAUAGAUGAUGUAUAAGGAGUGUUUAGGGUUAAGGAUUAUUAGGGUUAUAGUGGGAUUACAUUUAAUAUUUUGGUACAUGUUUUUUUAGAUUGAGUUUAGGGUCAGAGUAAAUUAAAUUUAAUAUUGAGAUACAUGGAUAAGGAGGGGUUAAAUUUAGGGUUAGGGAAACAACUGUUUAGGCAAUGUGGAGUUUAACAAGUUAUUUGCAAAGUGCUCACACCCCUAUGUAGUCCAGUCAGCCUCCUGUGAAUAAUUGCUAAGCUACACUAGCUGUUCUACAGUGUGCAUCACUCAGUGCUGUCCUCCGAUUAUAGUGUGCACAAUUCAGUGUUGUCCGUGCUCCUCUAGCAUGACCCUUCCCGUGUGAAAGGCUGUUUAGAGGGCAGUUGGUAAGUGAUCCCUUUAUGUUCAGCCUCACAUAGACACUGGUGGAGCUGGGGUGGCAUUCAGUUUUACACCUCUGUAACUGUUACUGAAGCCCUGCCAUCAAACAUAGGAGAUGAAUUAUUAGACUACAAAGGACACUGUCCAAGGCUCCUUAUGCUUAUUUCUCCCCACCAGCCAAACUAAGCUCCAAAAUGGUAUAUUAUAAAUUCUGUAAAUAGAACUUACUGGUAAAAAGGUGCCUACUCUGACAAGUGAGAAAUCUGAACCUGGAGGGAUCCAUAAUUCCCUAUUUCCAUUCACUCCACGCAAACACACAAAGUAUCCCGCUGUCUGUCUUGAUGGUUUUAUAUGGUUCUGUUGCCGUGUUUGUAAUACGAACAAGAGGCCAGGAAAAGGCCACCCCCUGAUGUCUUAGCGUCAAAAUAUGACAGCCAUAAAGAAAGUUACUAGUUCACUAUAAGCAUUCGAGAAUUUGAGGAUAAGUACAUGAAAAUAAAUGUACAAAACGCAAUAAAAUUGUUACAAAUGGCUAACGGGACAAUCUUGAAUGCAAUCGUAUUUUAUAAAAUUCUGUUUUAUUAUGGUACAUUGAUCGUCUAAUGGUGAUUCACAUUAAAUUGAGGAAGCUACUUUAAAAGUAAUGCUUUCCUUUGCUAUUAUGCUUUGAAAUUACAAGGGAUAAAUCUCAUUUAAAGAACAGCAUUUGAGGCAAGACCAACAAGGGGAAAAAGGCUUACCCCCAACUUGCCCGCUCACAAUUCAAAAGCCUAAUACCCGAUGCAACCUCCUUAUACUGGGGGCCCAACGAGAGAUUACCCCUACGCCCUUUCCACAUGUUUGGAGGGGUCAACGUAGAUUACAAGACCGCUCUCGUGGAGCACGCUACACGCUCACAGCAGAGAGGUAACCCGCUGAAACCGGUCCCACUACAUGACGGGACACUGCCACGCCGAACUGACCCCCUUGACCUCCAGGAUGGGUAUAGGCUGACAGACGCAAAUGGCCACGGGGAGAUGUAUUACUCACCGCCACUACCACGCACUGUCCGCUGUGAAUGCCUCUUAUGGUAACUGGGCGCAUGCCUCUUUGCACCUGAGGUACCCAGCGGCACUAACAAUACUGCAUCCAGUGCUAACAUUAGACAUCAAACAUGUACAUAUUAACCCUCACUGAAUAUAACUCAAAUGCAAUGUAGUGUAUGAUGCAUAGUAGUGUUUGCUCUGAAAUUCACUCUUGCACUGGCGAAUGCUUUCUCAUGUGUGGUCAGUCUGUUCAGUUAUAAGCAUCAUGUCUAGUCUAAUAACUAAGCAUGUUCUUGACAGCCAUAAUUUUAUCUACACAUACCUAGUGCCUGCUGAAAUCCUACCCAGCUAUACAGUUCGGCAGCUUUACAUAGCGAUGCUUACGCUCCUCCUGUAUAAUGCAGAUUAGUUUGCCAUGUUAAAGCCUAUCAAGCGAAGUCUUUAUUGUUUUACUUGUUUUGUGCCUGCAAUAACCUCUACUCCUGUGACUUAUAGAUCUUUAUAUACCUGUCACUAGAAGCAACAGACAUGUCACCUCAAGCUAGCUAUACUACUUUAGCUUAAACCAUACUGUUCAUAGCUUGUUUAUGUUAUCGUCACCUUUUUUAUUUAAAAAUAGCAUGACAAUCUGUAGAUGUGCAUGUGCUAGUUUAAGAAUAUAAAACACCUUACAUGGUUGCAACUUGUGUACCAUUACAAUAUGUAGAGCUCAGGUGAAAUAAGGUUAAACACUGCAGCACUCUGUUAGAGAUGCAUAAAUAGUGUUUUGCCAAUUUUGGCCUCUUGGUGGCAAUAUAUGACUAUAAACGCAGCAGGCUGUAAAACCGUAACAUAAAAAAAGAAAAUUACAAAACACUGUAAACGUAUAUAAUAAUGCAAAAAUGCAAACAGCACUUGCUGUGUUCUUUAAGUUUGAUAAUGGAUGUAUUUUUUAUUUAAUAAUUACAAAAAAUUUCCCUGCUGCAGAUAUCUAUUUUUUAGCUAUAUUUCCAUUUCUUUCCUCACUAUAAAUGGUUUGGCAAUAAGCACUAUAUUCAAGGCUACAAAGCUGCUAAAAAUUCUACAAUUGGCAAAAGUCCCUAAUCUGCAGUGUUUCGGUACUUUGCAUCCUGAGCAGGCUACCUUUUCAUGUGUAUCAACCUCAAAGUAACCAUUUUGCCAUGUACAUAUACUUUAAUUAUAAAAUCAAAAGGAAAUACUAUUUGCAUUUCUCUUCAUGUUAAAGAUUUUAUUUUAAUAACAGAAUUGUGUUCUGCUUUGUACAACAUCCAAUGUUUAAUUUAACUCUACACUGAGUGGCGCAAGAGCAAGGUCCGUCUUUGUCUGACUUCACUGCAAAUUCCGUUCAUCGCAAGCUGUGUCACUUGUUAAUGAUCGAUGGACCACAACUUGUCUGUCAACUCCUACCCAUCCUUUUAACAGUUACCUGCUGUUCUCUUUUCAUGCUUUAAUGCAGAUUUGUCACUUAGCACUUUUUCAUAAAAAUGCAAUCUUAUUUUUUUUCAAGACGUUUGUCUUUUUAUAUACUCGCAUUUUACCCCAUUUAGAGAAAGCCAUUUUUUUUUAAACAAAAAAAUAUUAUCAACCUUUUUAUGUUCCAUCUUGGAAAGACUAUUUGGAGCCAAAUACAGUUUUAUAUCAACAGCUCUAAGCUAUAAAUAAUGAAUAGUUUUUGAUUAUUUACCAACUCUUUUAACUGGAAACCUGGCAGAACAUGUCAUGUUAUUUUGUAGUAAUUUAGGUCCUGCACAGAACUAGACUAAUAAUAAUCAAUGUGGCAGUUUAUGGGACCCUUCUUCCAAUUAUGAGAGCCCUUUCCUUUCCAAACGAAUGCAAAUAGUGGACCUACAAAAGUGAAAUUGUACUGGAAGCCCAUCUAAUAAGUUAGACUUCUUAAGUAGUUGAACUGGGUUCCCCAGGAUAUAAUGGGAACCAGAAAUAGAGAUAGUCCAUGGUCAACCCUCUCAUCACCUCGUAUGUAGGUUGUGAGAGAUUAUGCACGGGACUAAACAUCACCCGUGCACCCUCAAGUCCAGCGGGAGGGAUUGUGAUUUACAUAAGGGAGUAGUUCAGGUUGUCCCCUAAAGUUUCUCAAAUACAUUUAAUUAGAGACCAAGCAGGCCUUUAUAAUACUAACAAACCCUUUAUGUCAGACUUCUCAAACUCCACCCUCAAAGAUUUUUCAGAACUUCGACUCCCAACAUUCUCUGACUAUCUACUGCAUUCAAAUAAUUAUGGUAGUUGUAGGCCAUCAACAUCUGACACGCCAGUGGUUGAGAUCCCUGUUUUAUGUUCUUCAGUGCCCCGGAAAAAUUAAUAAAGUGCACUGUUUUUUUGGCUUCUAAAAACUCAUGUAAAAUGCAUAAACCACUUGAAAACAAUAUACUGAGUUUUUAGUUAGUCUUCUCAACAGAGAUUUGGAAACCAAACAGAGAUUUGCUGGGAAACCAUUCAUCUCACAAUGUGACAUCUUUUGUGGUCUUUCUGCUUCAUAUUUCCCAACAUUCCCAAGAAAAGUAAUAGACUUUUUGUCCCUGUAGUUCAUUUUUCGGCUUUCAGAGGAAAUUUCUAUAACCCUACAGUGCGAAAUGAGCAGAAAUCUUAUGCAGUUGCAUAGACCAAGUGUUAAAAAGAAAUUGGAGAGUACUGCCUCGAUUUAGUAGGAACUCAACAAUUCUACAAACUCUGUGAUUAUCAUGUUGGAAUAAACAUGCAGUGUUACAUUAAUACCGUAAAAGAACAAACAGACCUCACCGUUGUUACCUCCAAAACACAAUUAUUUUACUGUUUCCUGCUCAAAUGUAUACUGCUUCCUGAUACUUCAAAUGUUUGCAUUUUAAUAGUUUAAGUGAUUUAUUUGUUGGAUAUAACAAGAGGCCUCUUUAAACUUUACAUUCAAAGAGGGUAAUUUAAAAAAAAUAAAAAAUUGUUUGUGCGUUUAGGUUUUUAAAUAUUCAACCAUAUUAAAAGUGAUUGGUUUUGGGGUCAGUGCCUGACAGCCUUGCUGACCGGUCACAUGCUGGAGAGGCUCCUGCUGAAUUUUGCUUUUUCAGCUGAAAUUCUGGAUUCACGGCUAACAUCUAAGCAGUGUAAUUUUAUCAAAUGUGAAGGCAAUUAUUGGCGCUACCGUGGACUCCAAGAUCAAGAGUUUUGAGGCCGCUGCGGGUGAUAUGAAGCUUCGGAGCAUGCGGCUUACUUGGAGAGGAGCGGGGCAGACAGCCGCUGCUCUGUUCAUAUAUCUGGGUGCCACAUAACAGCCCCGUGACACCCCUUGCAGGCACCGAUGUCCCCAAUGGGCCGGCGGGAGUUAUACCGGUCCCCACUGGAGGGAGCCGAUACUAUGAAGACCAUCCAUGCACAGCUUACCCAGCGUUCAGACUCCUGUGCCAAGCCGACAAAAUGGCGGCCGCAUGACCUACACUGGGCACAGCUGAACUAACUGCACACAGACAGCCUAAACAAUGCUGACAAUCAGCAGAGCAACUAUGGCUACCUUGGCCUCAGUACCUGGACCCUAGGCCGGUCUCCACGACUGCCUUCCUGGACUUUGGGCCCCCAGAGGACACUCCUCGAACCACAGCCCCACUCCUGGGCACAACACUAUAGUCAGGAUCUCCGUUUUCAGCCAUUAGUGGUACCGGAAGCGGGAGCACAAGUGGUAGGCUCAUGUAAUGGCACCACCAGACUUACCUUCCUUUCAGGACUCUGCAUUCACUUCUCCUUAGUCAGAGGCAGGAAUGAGCUGAACCCAGAGGACUCAGGAUGCCUGUCUGCAUGCCUUUUCAAGCAAUCUGUGGAGCAGGCCCCAGAGAGCUGCGUGGCUUUCCUUAAGAAACUCCAGUAGCAUAUAUUAAUCUUGGUUUAACAUGUUGUUUUUUACACUUACUUUAUUCAGUUUUAUUUUGGUUCUUUUUUAUUAACUCAGGCACUGUUUAGCACACUGUUGGGCAUCUGAAAUUUUGGCAAUUGAUAUAUCUAGGAGUUGUAUACUGCAUGUGUUAUCGACUAGAGCUAAACACGCAGUCAUGACAGCAUUAUAUCCUUCUGAGCAUAGAUUAUUGUGUAUUGAGCUUCACUCCCCUAGCUAACACUACAGCUUAGCCAUGCUCAAAGUUGAUUAGGUUGUUAACGUUUAAAUGCCAACACAGAGUCAAACGGGAACGUAGAAUAGAGUGGUUCUGGUUUUGAUGGGUUUUUUGGGUUUCAGUGUAUAUCAAACUACUUGUCUAAGCAAUACACAUUUUUUGUAUUAGUUUCCUCUUUCCGUUCUUUUGCGUUAAGGACAGUUCACUGGGUUUGCACAUUUUUUAUGUUUCCACCCACAUUUGUCUCACUUUCUUAAAGGUAGCUACUAUUUAAUAGUACUAUUUUACAAGGGUUAAAAAAAACCUUGUAAAAACACACACAGUGGGUAAAAAAAGAGCCACUUUAAAAAGGCUCAAAAGUAUGUGAGUGACCCAAUUGGGAGAGAAUUUAUGGAAUCACUGUGCGCAUUAACUACACAAUGAUCUGCUUCUGUAUUUUUUGUAAAUUUCUAUGUCUGCGAACAGAACUUUUUACUAUGUAUGGUAACUAUAACCACUGUGCGUGCUGUCACCUGAGUUCUCAAUGCUGACUGCCAAGUCCAAAGGACUUGCAGGAUAAAGUGAUGUGGAUUCCUACAAUUCUACAAACUUUAUUUUUCACAGAUCACAAAUACAUAUUUGUUAAAUAUAGGGGAUUAACAACCAUAAUAGCAAAAAUAUUAUGAAGAGACAAUUUACUGUUUAAGCAAGAUGAAAUAUGGAUUAAUACUGCUAUGUUGCGUUCAACAUAUAUAUGUUCUGGUAAAAAGGUAAAAUUUGUUAGUAAUAUUAUAUAACGAGGAGUAGAACGUCUGAAACGCUCUCGCAGUAUCCUGUGGGAAGGGCGGAGUACACCGAAGCUAACUUAAGUGGUUGCACUUGAGUGUGUGGUUGUGGACCCCUCAGCAUCCGUGCAAGAAGCCUACCUCCCUUAUUGUAUUAUAUUAUAUAUUAAUAUAUAUUUUAAUAUAUAUAAUAUGUUAUAUAUAUAUAUAUAUAUAUAUAUAUAUUAUAUGAUAAUAGAAGAAGCACUUAGAGUGCUGUAUCGCCCUGUAGUGUUGGUGUGUGAGGAGCAUCGCUACCUUUCGCUUAGCCUCCAGCAAAUCCCUGUACAUCGCCUCAACCUGGGAUCAAGUUUCCAAAGUGGCAAUAAGGUCAUUAAGGUCAGACCUUUGUUGUAUUGCUUCUCUUUACUGUCUAGUAGCUAUCUGUAUGAGGCAUUCCGUAAGUACACUAUUGUGAGCCUCCCACACUGUCACACAAGACACGUCAACUGAAUUGUUUUCUGCAAAAUAAUAAUCUAUGGCCUGGAUCACUUGCUCCUUUACAACUGGAUCUGAAAGCAUCGCCUCAUUAAGUCUCCACAUCCAUUCCACUGGUCUAGACAGGGGCGACUCUAGCGUUAUUGAACUGGACUAUGGCUAAACCAUUGAAUCUCUGCCUUUGGCAGAUGGGAAAGGUCUUCUUGCUGCAUGAACAGGUAGUCUAUCUGGGAGUAGUGGCCAUGGGGAGCCGAGUAAUGAGUGUAGUCUUUAACAUCAGGGUUAAAUGCUCUCCAGCACUCCACCAACUGCAAUUCCCAUGAGGCUUAACGAAUGGCUCUAAUAAUUAGGUGAGAAAAUUUAGAUGGAAGAAUCCAAAAUAGGGUCCAGAAGUACAUUGAAAUCCCCACCCAGGAUUAGAAUUCCCUUAGCAAAAUCCUUCAGGCUAUUCAAUGUUCUACGGAUACAUUUUCGCCAUUUAUGGUUGGGAACAUAAAUGGACGCUAGAGAAUACUUUCUAUCUGCCACAGUACCUUUCACUAACAGCUGCUUGUCCUCUGGAUCCCUAUAACGGUCCUGGUCCUGGAAUUUUUACAUCACCGGCAAAGACGCAAAAUUCGUUUUAUUUAUUGUGCUAUUCCAAUUGCUAGCAAAAUCAUAUAUUUAAUUUUAUUCAAUUUUGUCUCUAAUGAUGCCAUAUUUCUAUACCGUUAGCAUAGGUAAAGAAAGCAUAUAUUGUGACACUGCAGCAUCAAACAAGUCUCAUGUUGUAGCUAUACACAAGCAAUUUAACAUUUUUAGAAAUAAGUAUUUCUGUAUUUUCAGUAAUUCAGGGUUUUAGUAUUUUCUGUCUUCUCUAAAGCACAGAGUAUGGAUGUGUGGGUCCUAUCUAUAUCCCCUGACCCCAUCCAAACACUAAGGUUUAUAGUCAAUGAGCAGGUUUAAAAAAAAAAAAAAAAAAAUACUAUAUACACAAACAAAAUCACAACAGCCGGAAUUAUAUAAUAAUGAAAAAUGUAAUAAUGACAUUUUGAUUUUGUACCAGCCUUAGAAAUCUUGUCACUGACAUGCAAUUCUCAGUCACCAUGGCAACCUGGUGACUUGCAUUUGUUCAGACUAGAUUGCACCAUAUUGAUGAACCUGAAUGUAUCAUACCUAAAAGUGUAAAGUAUAAAAAUAAGAGGACCUGUACGUAUGUACCACAACCGAUUAUAAAUGCUCUCAGAUACACAUACCAUCCAUAUACAGGCAAUGCAAUAAUACAUACAGGAUUUAUUUUGCCAUUUUCUCAUUAUGGCUCAUUAUUAUUAUAAAAAUAAUCAAAAUUGCAUGCUUGUGCAUGAAAUACAGGGACAGGUUCACCAAUCAAAUAAUUUUCAGUCAGAUGUAACUUACUUUCAAAGUUUUUAUCUCUGUAAAUAAAACUUUCAUCACACACAAGAGGGUCCUGCAGGAUGUAGCAAGCUAUGAACAGAGCAGGAAAUAAGACAUUCUAAAUUAAACAGACUUUGUAAUAAAGGAAGUGUAAACAUUAGAUGACUCUUUACAGGAAGUGUUUAGGAAGGCUGUGUAGGUCACAUGCAGGGAGGUGUGACAAGGGCUGCAUAAACAAAGUGAUUUAAAGGACCACUAUAGUGCCAGGAAAACAUACUCAUUUUCCUGGCACUAUAGUGCCCUGAGGGUGCCCCCACCCUCAGGGACCCCCUCCCGCCGGGCUCUGGAGAGAGAAAGGGGUUAAACACUUGUCUUUCUCCAGCGCCGGGCGGGGAGCUGUACUCCUCCUCUCCUCCUUGCUUGCGACGUCAUCGGCUGAAUGCGCAUGCGCGGCAGGAGCCGCGCGCGCAUUCAGCCGGUCGCAUAGGAAAGCAUUUACAAUGCUUUCCUAUGGACGCUUGCGUGCUCUCACUGUGAUUUUCACAGUGAGAAGCAGGCAAGCGCUUCUAGCGGCUGUCAAUGAGACAGCCACUAGAGGCUCUGGAGGCUGGAUUAACCCUAAGUAUAAACAUAGCAGUUUCUCUGAAACUGCUGUGUUUAUAAAAAAAAGGGUUAAUCCUAGAGGGACCUGGCACCCAGACCACUUCAUUAAGCUGAAGUGGUCUGGGUGCCUAGAGUGGUCCUUUGACUCCUAAAUGGCAGAGAAUUGAGAAGAGAGCAGGGGCAUGAUCUAUACCAGUGAUGGCGAACCUAUGGCACGUGUGCCACGGGUGGCAUGCCGGGCCCUCUCUGUGGGCACGCGGCUCCUCAACACAGCACAGCACCCCUAACCCCCUCGACACAGCACCCCUAACCCCCUCGACCCAGCACCCCUAACCCCCACACAGCACAGAUCCCCUAACCCCCACACACACAGCACCCAGCCCACACAAACACACACAGCACCCCUCACACACUCCACACCCUUACACACAAACACAUGCACUGCACCCCUCAAUGCAGUAUGUGUGUACUCAGCCGUCUGUGUAUGUACGCAGCAGUCUGUGUAUGUAUUCAGUGGACUGUGUGUGUAUGUAUUCAGCGGACUGUGUGUGUGUUCAACAGACUGUGUGUGUGCGCGCGUGUUCAGCAGAAUGUGUGUGUGCGCGCGUGUUCAGCGGACUGUGUGUGUGCGUGCGUGUGUUCAGCGGACUGUGUGUAUGCGCGUGUGUUCAGCGGACUGUGUGUGACCGCAUGUGUUCAGCAGACUGUGUGUGGGCGCGCGUGUGUUCUGCGGACUGUGUGUGCGUGUAUUGCAUUUGUUGGAGAUACUAAUAAAUAUAAGCUUAAUUUUAUCUAUUUAUAUCAUUAUUUAAAAUUUGUAUUAUUGAACUCUCUGUUGUGUUCUUCUUUUAAAACAAAAGUUGUUAAUUAGUUUGGACAUCUGUACCAGUUGUUUUUUCUAAACUUAAACCUCCGUAUUCAGGUUCAAUUGCUGUGUUGGCACUUUGAGGAAAAAAAAGUUGGCAUGUAUUGCGGUUUGGGCACUCCGGCUCAAAAAGGUUUGCCAUCACUGAUCUAUACACUAAAACGGCUCCAUGAAGCUAAAGUUGUUUUUGUGACUAUAGUGUCCCUUUAAGUAUAGUAAGUAAACAUGGUUUAUGAAUUUUACUAUAUUAGGGCCUCUAUAAGGGUUUAUGAAUUUUACUAUAUUAGUUAAAAUGGUAAGUGUAAUCACUGCCAUAUAGAUAUUUGUCUAAAUAUAUUAGCAUUUUUAUGUAUCUGCCUGUAGCUGAUCUGAAUGGACACAUUCUUUGUAUACCUAGCUAGUAGCCUGUAAGUUCCGCUCUGAUCAAUACUUUACCUGGAGAUUUUGGACCAUGUUUAUUUGUUAUCAUCAAACAGUUCACACAUAUCCAUCCACACCACAAAACCGUUUGGAUUUUACUUUUUCUAAGAAGUUUCAAUAGGCACACAGAAAAAAGAAAACGGUAUGUUAGUAUUUUUUAUCACCCGGUAAUUACAUGUAGUUACAUUUGUGGCCAUUGUAUACAGAAUAGUGGUACAAGCAUGUUUUCCGAUGAUCAUCAUCAGAUUGUUGUACAUAAUAAGAUGUCGACAGACAAUAACCACUGCUUAAGAGUGGGAAGUGGAAAGAAAUGACAAAGGGAGGAAGAGAGAGGAGAAAAAAAAUGGAAUGGUUUGAAUGUGGGAGGGAUCGGGUAAACUGAAUGUGCUUAAUUGGAUUGCGAUCUAGGUAUUGUGUGUUUAUUAAAAUCAUUUUUAUGUGAUGGGCAUUCUUUAUUCACAGAUUAAAUAUACUCCUCUUUUAGUGUAUUUUAUAAAUCAAGUGGUUCAGACAUUUCUAUACGGAUGUAAAAACAUGAGUUGUUUUUUUUUUUUAAAUGAAUGCAAUAUUUUGUAAAUCCCUUGCAUUCGGUCCUUCAACUUUUUUUUUUUUCGUCACAGGUUGUUGCAAACACGUGUUCUGAAAAGCAGUACUCGAAAGAUGGCAGAUGUUGUGACCAGUGUCCGCCUGGUAAGUGAGAUUUGUGAUUUAUAGUUUAGACUUUCUAGGAUAGAUUUAUGAAUUCCAAAAUAGGCUGGCAUUUGCAGACUGGCCAAGGCACCCAAACUAGGGCCACCAAUGCUUAAGUGGAUAGUAUGAACACAUAGGAGUGUGCUUGAUGUUGCAUGAAUGUCCACCAUCUUAUGUGGUACCCUGUUACCAGGGCUCAAAAAUUCAAGUCCUAUGCAACUUGACAGUCUUAAAAAUUACUCACCACCUCAAGACGGGAGGGUCUGUGGCACCACCCGCUUGGCGUGAAUUUCUACUUAUCAGGGCUGAAUUUUCACUUGUCAGUGGCCAAGCGACCAAGUGGACUAGUGGCCAAGCGGGAAUUUUAAAGCCUCUAGGUUUAGUUUGCUUUGGAGUUUUCAUUAGGGCUAUGUGUGGUGUCUCCGUUCAUGUAUUGGCAGUAUAUAUGUAACUCAGUGUACAUAACAUAUCUAAUAUAUUGUACAGCCUGUCCUAUAUAGGUACAUUGCUAGAAAUAGUGUAUCUUUUGUGGGUACAUUAUUAUACGCAUCAUAGUGUGUUUGGAAUUCCUUACUAAAUGAAGCAGCUUUGCUAUGUGUUCAUUAUCAGAUGUAGAGGGUCAUCUAUAUAUAUUGUUAGAUAAAGGAAGUUUGAUAUCAAUAUAUAAUCAGAUGGAGCAGGUGUUUAUUGGAUACAUUAUUUAAAGGAACACUAUAGUCAACUAAACAACUUUAGCUUAAUGAAGCAUUUUUAGUGCAUAGAUCAUGUCUCUCAGGUUUCACUGCUCAAUUCACUGCCAUUUAAUAGUUAAAUCACUUUGUUUCUGUUUAUGCAGCCCUUGUCACACCUCUCCUGACUCUGAUUGAUGCAGCCUGCAUGAAAAAGAAAACUGGUUUCACUUUCAAUCAGAUGUAAUUUACCUUAAAUAAUUUAAUCUCCUGCACUGUAAAUUGAACUUUAAUCACAUACAGGAGGCUAUCGCAGGGUCUAGUAAGCUAUUAACAUAGCAGGGGAUAAGAACAUCUAAAUAAAACAGAACUUGCAAUAAAGGAAGGAUAAACUUUAGAUGACUCUUUACAGGAAGUGUUUAGGAAGGCUGUGCAAGUCACAUGCAGGGAGGUGUGACUAGGGUUCAUAAAAAAAGUAAUUUAACUCCUAAAUGGCAAAGAAUUGAGCAGUGAGGCUGGAUGGGCAUGUUCUAUACAGCAAAACUGCUUCAUUAAGCUAAAGUUGUUUUGGUGACUAUAGUGUCCCUUUAGUGGAACAUCAGUAAAGCAAACGUGCUAGAUAAAUACAGUGUGAUAUGUUGAUUGCUUCCAGUGUAUAUAGUAUAUAAUGAAGUAUACAUUGUAUCAAUGUCUUGAAACACAAGUCAUGUUUCCUGUAAUAAUUGGCCAUAUAUUCAACUAUUCAUAACAAGUACAUGCCUCAUUUGGAUAUUUUUAUUUCUCCUGGGUACAGGUGAGUAGAUAAAAUAGCUUUCUUUGGAGUAUAUUUAUAUAUGGGAUGGAUCUUCUUAUUGUACAUGUAGAGAAGGGUUCUACACACACAUAAUAUUUAAUAUAGAAAACUGAAGGAGGAAACAUACUCCAAAAGAGGAAUUCUGAGUAAAAAUAGUUAUUUAUUGAUAUAAAGUUAAAAAUGACAUAAAAGUGAACACAAAACAUGCGCAACCUCUAGUUGAGAAGAAGUGCUACAAAAAAGGUAUAUAAAAAAAAUAUAGAAAAGUGGGGGACGUAAAAUAAACUACUACAGUAAAUAAUAUUGUUUAUUUUUGCCCCAAUUAGCUUAUUUGUUAAUUCUCAGAUCUAGAACAGAACAGUGUAGAGAGAUUUAGAAACCCUUAUGUCUGGUGAAACAGUCUAUCAGUUGAAUAGUCUAAAAAUCAAAGUUUAGCUCUGAAGACUGUGAGCUAUAAACUGUACAUUAACAGUAACAAUUCCUCGCAUCGAGCAUCUGUAGGAAAUGUCAACAUUAGGCUGUAAUAUUAGCGAAAAGAGCCCUUUAAAAUAAUGAAAGUUGGGAAAAUACAGAGGUACAUAGUUUCAAGGCAAGAAAAAUAGGAUAGGUUAAUUGUAAAGAGUUACGAGUUAUGGUGAAGCUAAAGUGUGUACUGGGGAAAGCUAAAGUAUAUACUUUUAGCCAAAUUCUGAGGGUUCAUACCUCGAUGGAUGGAUAAAAGCACCGCCCAUCUACUUGAGCCAAACUGUCCCUACAGUCAAUAGAGAUUCUCUCACCUUACACCUCUAUGGGUAAGUAUAACACUUUGCCCAUCUCCUCGUACUGUAACAGCUAGCCCUCAACCUCCUAACUAGAUAGCUACCUAAAAUAUCAAAAACAUCAAAUUGACACAAUGUGAAACACCAUCACUUCGUCCCACCACCAUAAAUGAGUGCAUCAAACACGCAGUCUCAUGGCAUCCGUAAAGAUGUGUAAAGAUUAUCUGACGUAAGUUUUGGUGCCAUAAAUAGGCACUUUCAUCAUAAUUGAAAAAGAUGUGUGCUUUUUGUUCACUUAAUGUGAUUUUUAAUUUUAUAUUAAUAAAGGGUUCCUUUUUGCUCAGGAUCUAUCAAGGAAACCACUCUUCAUGAAUAAGUUUCCUACUUCAGUUUCUACUUUUAGUUAUUAGGAUUACCCUCACAGUUAUUAGGAUUACCCGAUUUUACGGCACUGUCCUGUUCUUUGUACAGAGGCACCUAUUUAGGCACCAACUGUUCAAUCUUCUUACGGUUAAUUGGAUACAUUACUUAAUGAAAUCAGUCUCUUGUAUAUAUUGCCACAUUAAAUUAUCUAUGUCUACAUUGACCGAACACAUGUUCCAUGCAUUAUCAAUUGGAUGCCUGUGUAUACACAGAGAGAUAGAGCAGGUAUUCCGGAUAUUUUUUAUUUUUUUCGGUAGAACCAAUCGACUCUGAAUUCCUUGUUAGAUGGAACAAGCUCUCUGCAUGUUCAUUGAUGCAUGGAAUAUGUGCUUUGGAUAUAUUGUUACAUGAAGCACCUCGUAUAGUUUGAUGGGGAAGGUGUCCUAGAAUUUGUCUUAACCCUCUAACUCUAACUGUUCUUACAACAUCUCUUUUAAAAGUGCAAACAAUAGCUAUUCCAUAAGGAUCUGUCUUUGUUUCCACUCUCUUAGUUAAUUCUAUAUCGGCAGUCUACCUAAGCUUGUCUUCUCUCAUGGAUUCCAUUUCUUUCCAAACAAUAUAAAGAUCUUCCUAUGUGCUAUUUCCCAUUUAUAUCUCUACAACCCUUAUCUUACGAGAUCUUUAGAUUAUUUUUUAGAAGUGUAUCAUACUGCAUAUGCCAAUAUGUUAGAUGUGUUACAUUUUAUUUCAAAGUGCUGUUAGAUGGAGUCGGUGUCAUAUUUAGACAUCUUGGAAUGAAGUGGAUCUCCUAAGAGACGAUAGUUAAGUUGGUAUUGGGUGUUCUCUGGAAACAAGAUUAAAGAACAUUUCAAAUGAGUUGUCAGGGAACAUUGAUCUGCUGUGUCCUUAUGUUGGUUAAAAGAAUGCACUUGCAAGUGAAACUAUGAGUGCAGUGUGUCCCUUAUUUUCCUCUAGAGAUUUUGAAUAAGUACAUUAUGGUAAAUUAAUCUCUUACAGCUACACUGAUAGACAAAAUACAUCUCUGAUAUAUUUUAUUUUGUUUGUUUUGAAUAUUCGUUUAAGGGUUUCUCCUUGCUUAUAGUUUUGGGAUGCUGAAACUUACUUGCUUUUUACAGGACAUAAAGUAGGCAAAGACUGUGAUGAGCAGAACACUACCAUCUGUUUGCCAUGUGAUGUGGGGGAAUUUCAAAAUAAAUGGAACUCGGAAGCCAGCUGCCAUCAACACAACUACUGUGACAAUAGUAUGACCCUUAUUGUACUUUUAUUAUUAUGUUAUUAUUUAUAUAGCGCCAACAAAUUCCGCAGCGCUUUACAGUGGGUGGAUGAACAAACAUGAAGUUGUAACCAGACAAGUUUGACACAGGAACAGAGGGGUUGAGGGCCCUGCUCAAUGAGCUUACAUGCUAGAGGGAGUGGGGUAAAAUGACACAAAAAGAUAAGGAUAGUAUUAGACUAGUGACAGUUGCAGAAGAGGAAUCAGUCAAGAGCUAUUAACAGUUCAAUUGAUACGCUUUUAUGAAGAAGUGGGUUUUCUAACGAUUUUUUGAAGGAGUGGAGGCUGGGUGAGCAUCUAACGGAGGAGGAAAGUGAGUUCCACAGGAACGGUGCAGCCCUCGAGACGUCUUGAAGACAAGCAUCAGACGUGGGAGUACGGACAGAAGAUAGACAUAAGUCUUCAGCAGAGCGUAAGGACCUAGACAGGACAUAGUUGUGUAUUAGGGAGGAUAGAUAGGUGGGAGCAGCAUUAUGUAGAGAUUUGAAAGCAAGAACCAGAAUUUUAAAUUGAGCCCUAUAUAUUACAGGAAGCCAAUGUAGGGACUGACAGAAGGGUGAGGCGUGGGAGGUGCAGGCGGACAGGAAGAUGAGCCUCGCCGCUGCAUUUAUUAUGGACUGUAACGGCGCAAGUCGGGAGCACGGAAAACCACUGAGAAGCGGAUUACAGUAGUCAAGGCGAGAAAGUACAGUGGAAUGGGCCAGCACCUUAGUCGCAUCUGGCGUUAAGUAGGGUCGGAUGCGCGCAAUGUUUUUGAGAUUGAAGCGACCGGAUUUGGCGAUAGACUGAACAUGAGGCGUGAAGGAGAGGUCGGAGUCAAAGAGAACAACUAGGCAGCGAGCCUACGUGGUGGAGCUGAUGGCAGCACUGUUGUCUUUGAGGGAGACGCACAGGUGUAGCAACACUUGAGGGAGGAAAGACCAGAAGUUCUGUUUUGGACAAGUUGAGUUUAAGGAAGUGGGCAGCCAUCCAGUUAGAAAUAGCAGAGAGUCAGUCAGAGACACUAGUCAAGAGGGACGGGGAGAGAUCAGGAGAGGAGAUAGAUUUGCAUGCCAUACACAUGGACAUGAUAUUGGAAGCCACAGGAGCUAAUGAGUUUACCAAGGGAGGCAGUAUAGAUAGAGAACAGUAGGGGACCAAGGACUGAACCUUGAGGGACACCAACAGAGACGAGAUGGGGAGAAGAAGCAGAGCCAGAGAAAGAAACCCUAAAAGAGUGCUGGGAGAGGUAGGAGGAGCACCAGGAGAGAGCAAUACCUUGUAGACCUAUAUUGCGGAGGAUAAGAAGAAGCUGUUGAUGAUCAACAGUGUCAAAAGCCGCAGAAAGGUCAAGGAGAAUUAGGAUAGCAUAGUGACCACGAGAUUUUUCAGUGAGUAGAUCAUUGGAUAAUUUGGUCAGUGCCGUUUCCACAGAGUGUCUAGCAGAGAGUUGGACUCGAGGAAGUCUGUCAAUCUCACAUACACAACCCUUUCGAGGAUCUUGGACGCAAAAGGCAGUAGCGAGAUAGGACGGUAGUUGGACGAGGAGUUUGGGUCAAGGUUGGACUUCUUUAGAAUUGGGGUUACAGUUGCAUGUUUGAAGGACGAUGGAAAUAUGCCACAGGAGAGAGAGAGAUUGAGAAUUGUAGUUAGAGGUAGAGAAAGAGAAGAAGACAGAGUACGGAUGAGAUGCGAGGGAAUUGGAUCUAGGGAGCAGGUGGUGAGUUGGGAGGACUGGAGCAGAGCAGGCCAUGCUGUCUUUUGAAUCUUUUUGUCCGUAUCUUGUUUCUUUACAAUGUCUUUUUUUUUGUUUUGUUUUUUUACUGUACUUCACCUUUAUUUCUGUAGAUGUAUCUACUUUGUUUCCUUAUCUCUCCAUCAUCUUCUUCCCCUGCUUUAAUUCUCUUUAGAUGCCGGCCUUGAACUGGAGAGUGAGGGGACCAAUGUCAAGGAUGUGCAGUGCAGGUGUCAGAAUGGCAGGCAUUGCUCCAGUCAGUCAUGCGAAACGUGCAUUCAAAACAAGGCUUGCGACCUUGGAGAAGGAGUCAUACAGAAAGGUGAAGCAAAUACUGAUACUAUUGGGUUGGCUUCUGUCUUUAACCUACCAGGCUUUUGGGUCACCCCUAAUUCAGGCCCAUUCUUGAUAGUUUCAAGAUUUGUCAGACGUGAUUAAUAAUGUGCAAAAUUCAAUCUUUUUGACUACAUCAGGGUCAGAAGAGUCAGAAGAAAUAGCCCCUCUGUCUUAACUGCCACUUCUUACUUUAAUAUGGUACCUUUGUGGUCAUAGCAUACACAAAUGCAGAAUCCCUAAAUGUGAUAAAGGUAAUGUAUUUAUUGCAUCCUUCACUCAAUAUUUACCUAACUCCUCUUUAUUUAUUUCCAGCUUAUAAGCAUUUUGAUACUCAAUGCUCACCCUGCCCACAUGGGAAAUUCUCCAAUGUAAAGUCAGACACCGAGGAAUGUCAAUCAUGGACUAGGUAAGACAUACAUGUAGGAGAACAAUCCAAGAAAGAAUGAAUGUAAUAUGCACUUCAUGGAGAACAUUCUGUCUGUUGAGGUUACAUGCAUAUGAGAUAAUUGCUAUUUACUUCUAUUUUUUAUUUUCAAUUUUUUUUUUUAAAUCACGAUUGAGAAUUUUGAAAACAGUACAAUCCAUCAAACAAAAUAGAUAGGAAAUGUGGUACAAUUGCAUUGUAUGCAAGAAGUAGACUAGCGUGGUAUAUAAAAUUGAUAUGAUGAUCCAGAGGUCAUUUUGUGCAUUUUGUCCUAUUUUAAUACACGUAUUAAUGGCGAGGGUCACGUGCAAAAUUGCAUGCAAACACAAGCAUGUAUAAUACAAACUCCAGGUGAUGUAAUUACCCUGAAAAUCUUCAACGAAGAUAUGAAGACGGGGACAAAGUCAGCUUUAUGAGCAGGAUUUCAGUGGGAGAUAUUCAUUGUGAAAAUCUAUUUACCAUUUCGUACUUUGAGGACACGAUUUUCAUCUGGAGAGGCAUCUCUCAAGAGGGACUUGGAAAAUGUACAAUCGCACUCAUCGACUUUCCAUUCGUGUACCAUAUAUUCUUUACACAAUCCUUUUGUACUUUCUAUUUAUCAAUUUGCUUUUGUUAUCGUUUUUUUUUCUUUUAUCUUGUACUUUUUUAUUCAUGUUUCCAUUGUCGAAGAUAUACUGAUGUGACCGUGAAACAAUUAUUACCAACAUAUUCUCUCACCUCUUUAUGAACUAAUAAACGCCGCAAGUCCUUAUCUAUGCUACGACUUUCCUAUAAACUCACUAUAAUUAUCGAAAAUAGCGGUUUGCCUUAAGGGCACACAUCGACACAGCUGGACCAUGUGGUUACAAGAAACCAUUAUGCAAUAUAUGCCUGGCAACCAUCUAAAAUGUGUCUUAAUUAUUAGAAUAAUUAAAAAAAAAUUCCAACAGACCAUUACAAGACCUUAUUAUUAACAAAGAACACCAUAGAAGAAAACAAGCCUAGUAUUUAAUUGUUCUUACGCUGACAAAGUGUAUUAAAUUAUAAUUUGAUGUGUAUCAUUGAAUUUUAACUAACAAGCAUAACAUGAGAUUCAUUUAACUGGAAAUUUGUUGAUAAUGCAAUGUGUUAUAGAAACCUCUUUUUAUUAAGGGUAUAUGAAUAUUUUGUGUUAUUCGGAUAGCAUUUCGUAACUAUAGUUGCAUGUAUGUGUGAGUAAGCUCCCCCAUCUCAGCUGAUAGUACAGGAAUACAAAUUGUAUAUGCCUUUUCCCCCCUUAUUUUCUCUUAAGGAUGGCUGUCUUUUUUGAGUAAGAUGCGUUAAUUUUAUUUUAUGGUUUGUCAGCUAUUUCUUUUUAAUUAAAGAGAUAUUCUAAGCACCUUUACCAAUACAGCAGGCUGUUGUGGUUAUGGUGACAAGAGUCCCCUGGAGCAAAGCCUUAAGUAUCACUUUAAAGUACUUGAGUCAGGAGUCCUGCUUUAUUAUAUUUUUUUACAGACCAUUGUACGGAACAUUAUGACUGGUAGAUCUUUCACGCCAAACCUACUGAGAAAAAUGCUAAUAUUAUUUAAAUAUAUGGUCUUUAAUUAAAUUUCUCACUUGCAAACAGUAAAUCAAUUGAUUAUUUGUUAUUGAUUAUGUUGGAAUCUUAUGUUCUCACUCAAGGAAGUUAAUCCUCUCUGUUUGUAAGUACAGUUCCUGUCAUGGGGCUAUAGUUAGAGUAUAUGAUAAUGCAUAGCACUAUCACUGUUUAAAGAGUACCCCAUUUUUCCAGGUCCCACUUUGUACCAACCUACUUGCCGCUCUUAUAAGAUUAAUUCAUUUAAAUGGGAGUUCCAUCCUCUUGGGGCUCUCUGCUGUACUAGGUUUAAAUAGUGCCUGUAAUGAGGCACCUGUAACAAGAAGGGGCACAAACCAGAGUUUGGUCAGGCUCCCAGGCACCCCUCCCUGUCACAGGUGCCCCAUUAUAGCCAUUAAAAAAAAGAAGAAGAAAAUUAACUGAAGAGAGGCCCAAGUCGUUGGAUGUUCCAUGUAAUUGAGUUAAUCGCAAGAGAGCAGUCAGGUUGGUAUAUUGUAGGACUUGAUAAAAAUGUGGUACUCUGUAUAUAGAAGUAGGGCUAAGCAAUGUAUGGCAGGGAGGAAGGUCAGGAGACUGUAGCCUACACCUCUGCUGGGUGAGAGUAUUCCUCAUGUGAGUCCCGGACAACAAUGCUCAGAUUUAGGAUAUUUAAAGCAUAUGCGAAAGGACGAUUUUGCGCAUGUCAAGUCAUUUCAUGUAAAUUUACUGGGGGGCUCGCGGGAAGAGUGUGCAGGUUAGAGUCACUCACCACCGGACUAUCAAAGCUCGUCGUAAUGCAAGGAGGACAUAACCUUAAAUAAAACCAUAUAAACUCAAAUAAUAAAAAAUAUAUGUAAUAUUGCUCCCCUCUUAUUACCCGCAAAACACAGGCCCUAUGCCACCAUACAAAUUCGCAAACACACUACAUUCCCUACACGCACAUGUCCUCCCUUGCACACACAGCACAUUUCCUGCACACACUGGAUUACCUAAAAACACACACACUUACCACAGUUCCUAAACAUACACAUUAUGUAACUAGAUUUGUAUGUGUUAUAAGGCGCUUAUAAAAAUAUGUUUGUAUACUUUUCAGUUUAUUUUUUUGUUUUAAUUAGCUGCUUAAAACACCUACGAGUUAUUCCUUUAGUAGCUCAAAAAGUUCCACCGUAUACUUCACACGCACAUUAUGUACUCUACAAACAUACAUUACAUACUCUGCACACAUACACAACAUUACCUAAAGACAAGCCACAUCUCCUUUAUACACACACUCUCUCUCUGUCUCGGUCUCUGUCGCUACAUCCACAAUACACAUACUCACUACAUCCACAAUACACAUGAAGUAUAAUUAUAGUACUAGUUGUUUUGGUUUUUUUUUCUGAUACUUUUUAAAUAUAUUAGUGCGUUUUAUGUUCCAAAAAAUAUGUUAGAUUAAAGUAGAGUAUGCCGCACUUUGUAUGUUGUAUUUAUUGAUAACUGAAGCACCCUUUAAAAGUACAUUAGUUCAGGCAAGAACAACCUUUCUCCUAUAUAUAUAUCUCAAGGAAUGGAAUGCAUAUAUUUGUUUUUUUAAAUAUUAGCACUCUUCCAUGUGACAUUUGCAUAAAUCUUUGUCCUUUAUCCUUAAAUCCAGCAGUGAAAAAAGUAUUUGAAAGCAGGAUUUUUUUUUUGGAGUACACAACCCUAGCUUAACCUGUUCAUUAUUAUGUAUGCAAGUGAGUAAUCUUGCAUUCACGCAUAAUCCCUGUUCAAAUGAGCUGCCUGACUUCACAGUGCCUAGUAUUAAGCGGUAACACUGUGGUGUCAGACGUAGACGGCAAUAAAACAGCUCCAUGAACAUGCCCUAAUCUGUAACUCUGCAUCCUUUUGGGAUAUAUCUAAGUAAGCAUAAUAACAUAUGCACAUAUGCUACAUCAUGGGACAUCUGUUAUUAGCAAGGCAAUGUUUGACCUUCGCAAAUUAAACUAAGUAUGCAUCAUAACUGCAAAAGUAAUAAACCUCUGCAGAUAUUAGUUUGGAAUUCAUUGCAGUGCGAGAAUAUUCCCCUAGGCAACGGCUUAGAAUGAUGUAAACAAUACUUAUUAGUGACAAUACUGGAGUCAAUUUGCUAAGUGGAGUCGAUAAAAAAAUAAAAUGCUGUUCAGGAAAAAAUACCGAAGCAAGAAGUGGCCGGAACAAGAUCACGUCCUAUGAAACAAUUAACAAUGCAACUUAAUUUCCCUUCGGUAGAUGGUGUGUGGUCCGAUUCAUAACAAAAGGCACAAAAAAAUCUGGAAAUUAUGGUGGCCUCGAAAAAAACUCUAUUUUUUCAAUCUAUUUUCAUAGUUUUGAUUAUUACUUGGAUAGAGAACAGUGAUUGUUAUGGAGCUUAGUUGGUGGAGUACGCAGUGACCACAAACGUUGACUUGGUAUGGGAUUAGAACCAUUUAACUAAUGAUAAAUCUCAAGUUAUUAAGGUCCCCAGAUAGAGCAGGUCCACUUCUUGAACAGCUCACGGUCUAUGAUUGGUCAAUUGGUUUAAGAUACAGUCUCUUAACUUCCUGUCAUUUUUUUUUUUAUUUAGUUGUAACUCUACUCAUAUCGAAGACGGACCUGGAAGCAAUGUCAGUGAUGUGAAAUGUAGUGAGUAUUCAUUGCCGAUGUAUGGAACAAGGAUUUAGUUGCUCUAGAAAGAUGUUUUCAGAUUUAGAUGUACAGCUACUUUCACAAUAUAUAUUUAAGGAAAAACUUGAAUGAGUUCAAUCACCUAUUUAAUGUAUUAUGUGGACAAUGUAUCAUAAGUGCAAAUUAAUUAAAAAGGAGCAUAGUCACGUUAAAAGCUUUCAACCCUAAGAUAUGGAAACCCCUUCAUUGAUGCCUUCUGAGACCAGGAAAUGUGAACUCUUCUACCAAUAUGUUAGCUUCAGUGAUGGUUUUUGGUGAAUAAAACUGCUCAUGUCAUUAUGUCAUGAAUGUUCAUGACUGAUGAAAAGCUCGGUCAUAGAAAGCUAUAAGAGAUGUACCGAGGUGUUUAAGCCCAUAGUGACAAUACCGUUUUUCAAUUUUCUUACCGUUAAGGACCCAGGCUGUUUUUACAUUUCUGCGGUGUCUGUAUUUAGCUGUAAUUCACCUUUUUCAUAUUAAAUGCACCCACACUUAUUAUAUAUCAUUUUGUUCAAGAGAAACAGGGCUUUCAUUUUUAUAUCAAAUAUUUAGCUAUGAAACACAAUUUAAUAUAAUAAAAAUCUAAACAAAGUUGAGAAGUUAAGAAAUGUUGUUAUUUUUUUAGUUCUGCAUAGCAUUUUAAUUGUGUAUGUCAUAUUUAGCUGUUACUGCAAUAAAGUACACAUAUUUGUAUUCAGCGUUGUUUCAAGAGUAAAACAGUACCCCCCAUGUAUAGGUUUUAUGGUGUUUUGGAAAGUAACCGGGUCAAAUAUAGCACGUUACAUUUCUCAGUUUAUACACAUUGAAAUUUGCCAGACUGGUUAUGUUGCCUUUGAGAUCAAAUGGUAGCCCAGGAAUGAGAAUUACCCCCAUGAUAGCAUACCAUUUGAAAAAGUAGACAAUCCAAGGUAUUACAAAUGGGUUAUGUCCAGUCUUUUUUAGUAGACAUGUGCAAUUCGUUUCGGGCAAUUCGGACAUUCGGGUACUUCCGAAUGCCCGAAUAAAUGAAUUGUCACCUUGUCAAAGUUCCGAAAUUACUGAAUUUCCGAAGUGUCAAAGUGCUGAAGUUCCAAAGUUGCUGAAGUUCCAAAGUUGCCGAAGUGCCAAAGUUCCGAAGCACAGUAUUGCCUAAGAACUAAUAUACUUACACAGUGGAAGAAUGAAGAAUGUUACACUGUAUACAAUUUUAAAUAAAAAGUAUACAAACAUAGCCAGGAUUCAGCUGUAAGCAUUUGCAACACUUGCAACAAUCAAGUAACGUACAUUCAUAUAAAAUGUAAGUUACUUAGCCAGUCAAUGUAAUGACAGGAAUGAAUAAAUAGAUAACUCCCUAAAUCCCACGGUAUUAGGGAGCUAUCUACUAAAAGGCUGAAAGACCAAAAUUGGUCUUUCAGCCAAAUUUACUAAUACUAAAUAAAGAUUACUUAGUAUUAGUAAAUUAUGCCCCUAUUCGCUAUACCGCGAGUAGGGGCAUGUUUAGUAAACAGUGAGCAGCCUGUGGCUGCUUUAAUAACAAACUUUAAAAACAAACAAAAAAACCCAAAAAACGUCCCCCCCCUCCCAACCCCCUACCCGCAACGCGCAAGUGGGAGCUUCUAACCUGAAGGGGGGACCUAUUGCCCCCCCCGGUCCCCACCCCUGAAUGGCGGGUGGGGGCCCUACAGUAAAAUAAGGGGGGGGGACCUAUUGUCCUCCCCCCGGCUCCCACCCAUGAGCGGUGGGUGGGGGCCCUAAAUUAGAAUAAGGGGGGGACCUAAUGUCCUCCCCCAGGGUCCCCACCACUGAGCGGUGGGUGGGGGCACUAAAUUAAAAUAAGGGGGGGACCUAAUGUCCUCCCCCCUGGCCCCCACCCCUGAGCGGCAGGUGGGGGCCCUAAAUACUAAUAAGAGGGGGACCCCGUUUGUGCCAAAAUAUGUAACUUGUGGUUGUCUUAAGGGGGCUGCACAGCAGUCGCAUCUAUCAAUUAAAGACAAUGAAUCAAUGCAAAGUGUAGAAGCGUUAUUUGAUACAUAUUUUCUUUCAGAGUCCAAGCCCCAAAAUGGAGCUGCAAUUUACAUACCUCUUGUACUCUUCCUGCUGUUUGUUGUACUAGCCAUCUUUGUUUGUAAGUAUGCGAUUAAUAUUGCUAGGUAACAAUGCAUAUAUUCUACAAGUGUAACUGGAGGUUUGUGUUACUGGUCAAAGGAACACUCCAAGAAACAUAAUCACUACAGCUUGCUGUAGUGGAUAUGGUGCCAGAAAUUCCCUGUGCCAUCUCAGUGUAAGGAGUCAAACAGGUUUCGAUCAGCUGAUGCUCUCAGCGAGUGUGCUAGCCCAGAAUUGCAGGGCUUAGCCCAGGAAAGCUAACGGAAGUUACCUGUUAGUAACUUCUGGUUCACCCACGUUAGUAGUGGAGACACGAGCGACACCCAGCAGACCCCAGGUAAGAAGCCAGACUGUCUAAAAUUGGUUUGACUCCUUAUACUCUGGGAUGCCAGAACAUUCCUGGCACCAUAACCACUAACAUGAUCAGAAGUGGUUAUGGUGUCUGCAGUGUUCCUUUAAAAAUGGUUUAUUUGCAGUUUUCGCAUAUGUCUUGCAGAAGAAUUUAUGUUGAAAUAUCUAAAAUUCUAGCAACAUUUAUCUAAACUUGUAGUUCACGGUCAACUUGCCACUGGUUUUGUACAUUUGUGGUAAGGAUUAACUCUAAUUAAGCAGUCCCUGGAAGUACUUGAAAUUCUCUGUUCAAUAGAUAACAGUAUUUUUCUAAUUAGGACAGCAUUCUGCAAUUGACUCACACUUCUAUCUAAAAGAACUGUGUUUUGGCUGACCACAUUAUAUACAUUUAUAAAUAAUAAAAUCACUAUUUGCAUUUUUUUUAAAAUUUUUUUUUCAUUAAAAUAAAUAAUGAUUGUCCACUUAAGUAUAUCUAUCACAUAAUUUAAAAAAUUAACACAACUAUGAAUACAUAUAUCGUCGCAAUCAAAUUUCUCCAUGGGACUGUAUGUCGACAAAAUACCUAACUGAAUUAUUGCAACAAUAUAUGAACAUGCCGUAGAUAUAAAACGUAAACAUAAAAGACUAAUGUCAUUUUUCUUCACUUUUGUAUAUUUAGAUUUAUGGUACCGUCGGAAGAACAAGAAUACAAACCACAGAGAAGUUGAAAAGGUGUGAAAAUAUUACACCAACAUACAAACAUAGUAGGAAACAAUUAAAUAUAACCAAAACAGAAAGUCAAGUCAAUAGUUUAUAUUGCCAGGCUGAGGGAUACUUACUCAUAUUCCACCACCUACCUCACUUAAAGGACCACUAUAGACCACGUCCCUCUAGUUUUAACCCUACAGCAGUAAACAUAGCAGUUUCAGAGAAACUUCUAUGUUUACACUGAGGUUUAAUCCAGCCUCUAGUGGCUGUCUCCCUGACAGCCACUAAAGGCCGUUCCACGAUUAUAACAGUGAGAAGACGCUGCCGUGCAUUGGAAAGCAUUAAGUAAAGCUUUUCUAUGGGCGGUUUGAAUGCACGCGUGGCAAGAGGAUGAGAGUUGCCGCGCAUGCGCAUUCAGCGCUGACGUCGGCAGGAGGAAGAAAGUUCCCCAGUGCCGAGGAAGCCCGGCGCUGGAGAAAGGUAAGUGGCUGAAGGGGUUUUAACCCCUUCAGCCCAGUGGGAAAGGGGCCAUGGGGGGGGGGUUGUUUUCCUGGCACUAUAGUGGUCCUUUAAGUAGCAGGAGUGUAAGUUAGAUUUUAUAAAUUGCUUCCAUUGUGACUUCCAGCGUUGCUGAAUAUAUUCUUGCUGUAAACAUGCUAUUCUGUAGAACUAUAAUACUUAGAUUAUUAUUAUGAUUUUAUAGCAGGGAGGCACAGAUGUGAGAUUUUACAGUCAUAAAUCUAAAUAUGACCUAGACAGUAAAUACAAGUUGGCACUACAUUCUGUUAACACUGAUUUAUACUUUAGCAGAACGACGCAGAAGAUGGCAAACCACUUACAGAAAUACCUCAAAAGAACAUCCCUGAAGAGGUCCUAGACCUUGACCAGCUGGUGGACACCACGAUACAGGGACUGCCGGUAGCACAGGAGCAAGGGAAGGAUUGCCAUAUGUCACAGGAAGAAAAGAGACAACCACAGCAGGCAUGUUAUGCAUGAAAGCAUUUUGCAAAAGAAAGACUUUGGAUGUACAUUCAUGGAUGAAAUCUAAGUAAGAAAAAAAAUAUUUUCAAAGACAACCUGCAUUUACGCAACCAAGUUAUGUGCAGGUAUCUAAGUCACGAUCAAGUUCUUAAUCCUGUAAAUCAGAGAUAGGCAACCUUCGGCACUCCAGAUGUUUAGGAUGACAUUUCCCAUGAUGGUUUGCCAUUACUAUUGGAGAUGUAGUCCACGCCAUCUGGAGUGCUGAAGGUUGCCUACCCCUGCUGUAAGUGAUAUACAGGACCACCAUGCCAAAUGUAUUUAUCGAUAGUAUUCUGUAAUCUUUCGUUCUCAUCCAUUGUGUGAAUUAAUAUAUUGUUAAAACAAGUUACAACUGUGUUUUCUGACUGUAACUAUUCAUCAAGAUGCUCAUCAUGUCUUUAUGAUGAAAUAAAAUAUUUUUAUAUGAAAAAAAAA